GUGAAAGCAGAGAGCUCGCGCCAAGCAUGAAAGUAGAACCGCACUAACUGUCUUUCAUUCCCAUGAAUUGAAUUCGGAGAGAUACAUCAGCCAAGGAGCUCCAUACAUGUUUAGUUAUGUUUCAAGUGUUGACCAGUUCUUGACAGCCAGUACGUGUUAGGUUGCUUUAGCUAGAGAGCCAGCCAACUGUUGUAGUUGGCUAAUCUGCUAACGUAGCCAGCUAGCAAACUGCGUGAGCCUGCUGAAAAACGAUGCCUCCACUGACUUUGAAAGGGAUAACUGUGGAUUUCCCUUUCACCCCAUACGAAUGUCAGAAGGAUUAUAUGAGCAAGGUGAUUGAGUGUCUACAAAACGUAAGUGUGCUUUAUGGGCCUUCAAACAUGACUAUCUUGCUAUCAAAGUUAGCAUGCUGUCUAGGAAGUUUCUUUUUUGUGAAAUGUCAUUGGCUGUCGGGUCAGAUUGACAGAUGAGGAGGUGGGUUUAAGAUGGGGUCAGUACUUGUAAAAAUACAUCAUCAUUUUGGAGUCAACAUGCUCAGACAAAUACAUUAGCUAGCUAUCAACAUCAAUUAAUACAAAAUAAAUAAUAAUACGAUUAUAUAUUUUUUGGGUCUAACGCAAACAACCUAGCGACAGUGGAAAUAUAAAUUCUUAAUCCCCAUGUAUGGACAGUGGCUACAAACCAACACAGAUUCUCAGCAGUGCAAGGGGAACGCUAUUGAAACUUUUUGAUUGAACACAUUUUAAUAAAUCUAUUUCAGAAGGUAAAUGGUGUUCUGGAGAGUCCGACAGGCACGGGUAAAACCCUAUGCCUGCUGUGUGCCACCCUUGCCUGGAGGGACUACUUCAAAGACACCAUCUCUGCCAGGAAGAUAGCAGAGAAGAUGGGAGGAGCAGAGCUUUUCCCCAACACACCAUUGGCAUCGUGGGGGACUGCUGCAACAGAUGGAGACACAACAAGUAUGGGCACCACACACCUGGCAUCUGUUCUGGAAUGAAAAUUGGCUAAUCUAUCAUAUAACUGCCAUCACGAAGUUGCUGAUUGCAAAAUAUGCAGUCCAGUUCACAUAGUUUGUAUCAGUAUUGAUCUGAUGUUGUUUUUCUUAAAACACGUUUUAUACAUAAUACAUUUUGGGUUUUUUAGUAGAUCACCAUGCUUUUAUAUUUACACCUGUAUGUUAAUACUUUUUGAAUACUUUUUAUGAUAUUGUUGUCCCUUUUUUCCCUUGUAGCUUAUUAUACUGAUAUUCCAAAGAUCAUCUAUGCAUCCAGGACACAUUCUCAGCUGACCCAGGUCAUUAAUGAGUUAAAGAACACUUCCUACAGGUAAGCUCAUUCUUAUUAAUCAUACAAGACUCACACCCAUGUGUACAUUGUAAUUAUCGUCAGUGUUAAAAUGGUGGUGUUGUUGUUUUCUGACUUUCAGGCCCAAGGUGUGCGUGUUAGGAUCCAGGGAGCAGCUUUGUAUUAACCCGGAGGUGAUGCGUCAGGAGAGCAACCACCUUAAGGUACAGAAGGGAUUUAAUAAAGUAUGAGAGGUGAGCACAGCUUGUGAUGAAUCAACCGUAUUAGGAUGGACAGUAGAGGUGCAGUAAGCUUCUGUCAACGUGCAAUUGGUAGAUGUCAAGUCAGAAUGUGUGAGAGGCAUCAAAUGAGUUUGUGUUCUGUCUUUACCAAAUCAGUCUAUACCCUGUUCUAAUCACUUUCCUGAAUCCAUAUGUUUUGCUUCUACAAUACAUGAUUUACAGUUUUAAAUCUUUAUGGUAUAAAUAAGACAUUCUGUCCUUUACAACUUAUUUUUAUCCCAUCUCUAAGCACCAUAAAUAUACAUGUUAGACAUUAUUUUUGUGAUUUCACAGCCUCAGUUGAUGUAUCCUGAAUCUGAUUGACAUGGUAUUCUCUUCCCAGGUUCACAUGUGUAGGCAAAAGAUAUCCACCAGGUCGUGCGUCUUCUACAACAAUGUUGAAGGUAUGUGUGUAAAGAGAUUGAGCGAGGAUGGCUCAUACCACAGAAUUAAAUAGAACACUAAUAUAAUAUAUUACACUAGUAAUAUCUGUAUCUUUAUGCCUGAAACUGUCUUUAAGCAGUGGCUUUUAUUAUCCUCUAUGAUUGAGGACAUUGACAAAAUCUAGUCAAAACAAAGUUCAUAAGCCAUUGUGUUCAGCUGCCUCAUACUUUAUUUUUUCUUCCCCAAGAUAGUAAUUGUCAUUGACCAAUAGUUUAAUUAUUUAAAAUGCCUGCAAUUAAAUGUGAAAUAUAAUCUUUGAUUUUCUUCCAUCUCCAGAGAAGAGCAUGGAUAAAGACCUGGUGAACUCCAUUCUGGAUGUUGAAGAUCUGGUGAAAGCUGGCAACAAGCAAAGGUCUGAAAUCUCCCAUUCCACCCCUUCUUCCAAACCCCUAGCUUUACCAGCUUCGCUACAAACAGAUACCAUUAGUCUUGUUUGUGGAGGGCAUAUUGGAAUAUUAAUGUCUCUGGAGCAUUGGAGCUGCAAAUGCUGUUUCAGGGGAUGCCGGUUGCCAGAUAUGAAGGCUUUGAGUUAUAGCUGGAGCCAUCAGUUACAGUAUGGCAGCCCACUGGAUUCCCUCUGAAAUGCCACCCACACUGGCAACUAAUAGAAACCUGGGAAACAGGAGGAUGCAUAAUGUUUUAAAAUUAAUUUGUCUUGCAAUUCAGAUAGGCAGGGGGUGUAAGGACUAGAGGCAACCUUUUGGAUGUAGCCAUAUGGGAGAUGUAAUUAUUCACUCAACUACAGUUGUUGCCGGGGAGGUUUAGUUUGAGACUAUUGUGUUUUACAAGAUCGUCAAUUCUUUUCAUACUUAUUAAUGAAGAUUGACUGUGCCUAUCACCUUCUAUCCAAACCACACUGAACUCAUCUGUUUUUUCUCUCCGCCGUACUCUUUCAUCACGCAACCAUUUACUUAUUUCUGGAGAGGUCUUUUAAUAUCCCUUUUGUGGAAAUGUAUUGGUUUACUGGAGCAUCCCUUUUGUUUCUUUGUCUCACAGUUGCCUUGUUUCCCUAGGGUCUGCCCAUACUACCUCUCACGCUCCUUGAAACAGCAGGCAGAAAUCAUAUUCAUGCCUUACAACUACCUCCUGGACCCAAAGGUGAGCCAAGGUUUCCUCUGUGAUUCUGAGAAUGCGGAGGCCACAUAUUUAUUAGUGCACACCGUAGCAAAAUGUUUUGCACCAAGCACAAAAACAAAGGUUUCUUAUUGGAUAAGUUAAGGUAUUCUCUCCCUCAAGUCUGUUUGGUGCCAAGUGAAUACGACCCUGAUGCGUGAGGAUGCACAAUAAUUUCUCCCCAAAAAUGGUCUUGACCGUUCUUGAGCUUUAUAGUACUAGCAAGUCAUUUAGUGAAUCAAACGAGAAUUCACAGAGCAUACAGUAUAUCCAAUGCUACCAAGUAAGACUUGUUGACUAAUCAGUUGACUGGUCCCUCAUGGCUUUGUUGAAUCAAAUUUAACUGCUCAUUAUGAUGUAUUAUUGUUGAAUCACACUAAAGAGAUGUGUGGCUCUUUUCUCUCUCUGCAAAGUUAUGAUGCAAUAUUUUAGAUUUUAGUUUCACCCAGUUGCUUAAUAGUACUACAAAUGUAGGCUUUGGAGAAACUGCUGUGUCAUGCCAGCCUUGAAAGGGUCUGUAAGUCCUGCUUUUACGUACUUGGUCCAUCUUACUUACAGCACAAUAGUUUUUCAUGUGCUAGCCAUUAAACCCCUGUCAGGCUUAUUUUAGACUGCUAUAUCAGCAUGUUUUAGUCACAACAUAGAUACAAAUAGAAUACGUAUUGGCUUUAUAAAUAUUGUAAAGGAGAUUUUCACAAUAAAAUGUUGCUCUUAUCACAAUUAAUUAGACAUUUGUUCCUCAUUGCUUGACAGAGUCGCAGGGCGCACAACAUUGAGUUGAAAGGGGCAGUGGUCAUUUUCGACGAAGCGCAUAACGUGGUAAGUUGGACAACAGGUCUCCUUGGUUUAUUCAUGAGCAAUCUUUUUAUUGUAUCUUUAUUUAACUAGGCAAGUCAGUUAAGAACAAGUUCUUAUUUACAAUGACAGCCUACACUGGCCAACGCUGGGUCAAUUGUGGGCUGCCCUAUGGGACUCCCAACCAUGGCCGGAUUGUGAUUCAGCCUGGAAUCGAACCAGGGUCUGUAGUGAUGCCUCUAGCACUGAGAUGCAGUGCCUUAGACCGCUGCGCCACUCGGGAGCCCUGGAGGUCAUUGAUAAUUGAUGAUCACCCUCCUUCACCCACCACCCUUUUGAAACAUCUAAUAAGUUCCACAACGAUAUAAAGCAUUCAGCCUCUCCUAAAGGAAAAGUCGAUUAUCCAAAACACUUUUUUUGGCUAAAUGCCUUCAUCGGGGCACAAUAGGAAGAUACAUUUUGUAUAAGAGGAUGUUGAUGGGGUACAUUGCAAAGUGUGUACACAGUUCUGAAAAAAUAUAAGUAAUACUGUUAGACACAAAAAAUACCACCAACACAUUUCAUCAAUAUACACUCCUCUACGUAUUUAUUUGGAAAGUAAAGCUACAUCUUUUAAUUUGUCUCUAUACUCCAGCAUAAUGGAUUUGAGAUCAAAUGUUUCACAUGAGGCGACAGUACAGAAUGUCACCUUUUAUCUGAGGGUAUUUUAAUACAUAUGUUUUACCCAAGUUUUACCCCUUCAGGGUCAUGUUCAAUAAAGCACACUGUAGCAAAACAUGAAAUUCAAAAUAAUUCUUACUGGACAAUUUCAGGUAGUACCUUGUCAUUUCACUACCUUUUCCACCCUACUGAACAACAGUGGCUUGCAAAAGUAUUCACCCCCCUUGGCAUUUUUCCUAUUUUGUUGCCUUACAACCUGGAAUUAAAAGGGAUUUUUUUGGAGUUUUGUAUAAUUUUUUACACAACAUGCCUACCACUUUGAAGAUGCAAAACAUGUUUUAUUGUGAAACAAACAAGAAAUAAGAUUUAAAAAACAGAACUAGAGCGAGCAUAACUAUUCACCCCCCCAAGUCAAUACUUUGUAGAGCCAACUUUUGCAGCAAUUACAGCUGCAAGUCUCUUGGUGUGUCUCCAUAAGCUUGGCACAACUAGCCACUGGGAUUUUUUCCCAUUCUUCAAGGCAAAACUGCUCCAGCUCCUUCAAGUUGGAUGGGUUCCGCUGGUGUACAGCAAUCUUUAAGUCAUACCACAGAUUCUCAAUUGGAUUGAGGUCUGGGCUUUGACUAGGCCAUUCCAAGACAUUAAAUGUUUCCCCUUAAACCACUCGAGUGUUGCUUUAGUAGUGUGCUUAGGGUCAUUGUCCUGCUGGAAGGUGAACCUCCGUCCCAGUCUCAAAUCUCUGGAAGACUGAAACAGGUUUCCCUUAAUAAUUUCCCGGUAUUUGGCGUCAUCCAUCAUUUCUUCAAUUCUGACCAGUUUCCCAGUCCCUGAUGAUGAAAAACAUCCCCACAGCAUGACGAUGCCACCACCAUGCUUCACUGUGGGGAUGGUGUUCUCGGGGUGAUGAGAGGUGUUGGGUUUGCGCCAGACAUAGCAUUUUCCUUUAUGGCCAAAAAGCUCAAUUCUAGUCUCAUUUGACCAUAGUACCUUCUUCCAUAUGUUUGGGGAGUCUCCCACAUGCCUUUUGGCGAACACCAACCGUGUUUGCUUAUUUUUUUUUCUUUAAGAAAUUGCUUUUUUCUGGCCACUCUUCUGUAAAGCCCAGCUCUGUGGAGUGUACGGCUUAAAGUGGUCCUAUGGACAGAUACUCCAAUCUCCGCUGUGGAGCUUUGCAGCUCCUUCAGGGUUAUCUUUGGUCUCUUUGUUGCCUCUCUGAUUAAUGCCCUCCUUGCCUGGUCUGUGCGUUUUGGUGGGCGGCCCUCUCUUGGCAGGUUUGUUGUAGUGCCAUAUUCUUUACAUUUUUUAAUAAUGGAUUUAAUGGUGCUCUGUGGGAUGUUCAAAGUUUCUGAUAAUUUUUUAUAACCCAACCCUGAUCUGUACUUCUCCACAACUUUGUCCCUGACCUGUUUGGAGAGCUCCUUGGUCUUCAUGGUGCCACUUGCUUGGUGGUGCCCCUUGCUUAGUGGUGUUGCAGACACUGGGGCCUUUCAGAACAGGUGUGUGUAUAUAUACUGAGAUCGUGUGACAGAUCAUGUGACACUUAGAUUGCACACAGGUGGACUUUAUUUAACUAAUUAUGUAACUUCUGAAGGUAAUUGGUUGCACCAGAUCUUAUUUAGGGGCUUCAUAGCAAAGGGGAUGAAUACAUAUGCACGCACCACUUUUCCGUUAUUUAUUUUGUAUACUUUUUUGAAACAAGUAAUUUUUUUAAUUUCACUUCACCAAUUUGGACUAUUUUGUGUGUGUCCAUUACAUGAAAUCCAAAUAAAAAUCCAUUUAAAUUACAGGUUGUAAUGCAACAAAAUAGGAAAAACGCCAAGGGGGAUGAAUACUUUUGCAAGGCACUGUAUCCUGGUAUAUCCUAUUAAAGCCCCUCCAGCCAGAUCCAGUGUGGCAGCCUUCCGUGAGAGAGCCUGAGAACAACCUGCUCUCCUCUGGGUGUUAUGCAAUCUGGCCACUGCCUGAUCACACACACACCGCACUGCAGUCAGUGUUCCCUCCCUGCCUGCCUUUUUAGACGGCAACCAGAUCGGAGUGGGGGACGGAAUAGAACAUGGGGAGGCGAGGUGCGAGUCACGCAAGGCUGCUGCCGCCCAGCCUCCUGGCACUAAUACGAGCCCCUGACUUUGCAAUAAUAACCCAGGAGUCAUAUGCUCCAAAACCGACUCCUCAUGGCUACCAAGAACAAACGUCGCACAGCACUAUAACAUUGUGGAACGUGGCAGAAAGAAAUGUCAUGAAUAGAGUUCUUAUGAUUCCUUAUUCUACAUGUCAGUCAGAGAAGCAUAUUUGUUAUGCAUAGUACAUUUGAUUUGUUUUGAUUUAUUUUACCCUCUUUUUUUUUUUUUUCUCACCAAUUUCGAUCUUGCCUCAUCGCUGCAACUCCCCAACGGGCUCGGGAGGCGAAGGUCAAGUCAUGCGUCCUCCGAAACAUGACCCGCCAAACCGCGCUUCUUAACACCCGCCUGCUUAACCCGGAAGCCAGCCGCACCAAUGUGUCGGAGGAAACACUGUUCACCUGACGACAUAGGUCAGCCUGAAUGCGCCCGACCCGCCACAAGGAGUCGCUAGAGCGCGAUGAGCCAAGUAAAGCCCCCCGGCCAAACCCUCCCCUAACCCGGACGACGCUGGGCCAAUUGUGCGCCGCCCUAUGGGGCUCCCGAUCACGACCGGUUGUGAUACAGCCCGGGAUCGAACCUGGGUCUGCGCUACUCGGGAGGCCCAACAUAGUACAUUUCUAUCCACAAUGUUUGCCUACUGAACGUGGCCCUGAUUUGGCUUCUCCCCUGUGAGGAAAAACUUCCAUUAUCAUCAUUAUGAGUCAGCAGUAGUUUCCUUCAGGGGAUUGCAGUGAGGCGUAGCACUCUUCACACUGUUGGCUUUCCUUUACAACUAUUGUUUAUGACUGUGUGGAGAGAGUAGAGCUAUAUGUAUUUCAGUAAGGCAUCAGCGACAGUAGCUGUAGUCUGUUUUUGUGAAACUAAAGAGCACCCAUUAAAUGAUUGUCAGACAGAAACUGCACAGCACGAGCAUGACUAAGCCAAAUUAUGGAGAUCUGCAUCUGCAUCCAUCGUGUGUCUACACUGCCAACCCUAAUCCCCCCAAGCCCCAACUUCAAUAAAACAUUUAUAGGAAGGAAGAAAAAACAAGAACCAACCAAGUUGAUUUAUUUCUUAUAUCUCCAUUUUCAUUUAAGGCACACAUUGUUUGCUUUCAGUGGCAGCCUCCUGUCUCUCUCUGUAUCCUCCUCCAACCCCACCGCCCCAUCCAGGAGUUUGAAGUAAUUACUACUUUGAGAACAAUCUGGAAGGCUGCCAAGUGGCUGGCUGUUGUCUCUUCAGCUUCCCUCCAACUCUGAUGGGCUACUGCAGUACUAUACAGCGCAUUCGGAAAGUAUUCUGAAUGGCCCCGUGUAGCUCAGUUGGUAGAGCAUGGUGCUUGCAACGCCAGGGUUGUGGGUUCGUUUCCCACGGGGGGCCAGUAUGAAAAAUGUAUGCACUCACUAACUGUAAGUCGCUCUGGAUAAGAGCGUCUGCUAAAUGACUAAAAUGUAAAUGUAUUCGGACCCCUUUUUCCACAUUUUGUUACGUUACAGCUUUAUUCUAAAAUGGAUUAAAUAAAACCAUUUUCCUCAUCAAUCAACACACAAUAACCCAUAAUGACAAAGCGAAACCAAUUUGUAAAUCUUUUUUUUAUAACGGAUACCUUAUUUCGGUAAGUAUUCAGACCCUUUGCUAUGAGCCUCGAAAUUGAGUUAAGGUGCAUCCUGUUUCCAUUGAUCAUCCUUGAUGUUUCUACAACUUGAUUGGAGUCCACCUGUGUUAAAUUAAAUUGAUUGGACAUGAUUUCGAAAGGCACACACCUGUCUAUAUACGGUCCCACAGUUGACAGUGCAUGUCAGAGCAAAAACCAAGCCAUGACGUCAAAGGAAUUGUCCGUAGAGCUUCGAGACAGGAUUGUGUCGAAGGCACAGAUCUGGGGAAGGGUACCAAAAAAUGUCUGCAGCAUUGAAGGUCCCCAAGAACACAGUGGCCUCCAUCAGUCCUAAAUGGAAUACGUUUGGAACCACAACGACUCUAACUAGAGCUGGCCGCCCAGCCAAACUGAGCAAUCUGGAGAGAAUGGCCUUGGUCAGGGAGGUGACCAAGAGCCCGAUGGUCACUCUGACAGAGCUCCAGAGUUCCUCUUUGGAGAUGGGAUAACCUUCCAGAAGGACAACCAUCUCUGCAGCACUCCACCAAUCAGGCCUUUAUGGUAGAGUGGCCAGACUGAAGCCACUCCUCAGUAAAAGGCACAUGACAGCCCGUUUGGAGUUUGCCAAAAGGCACCUAAAGAACUCUCAGACCAUGAGAAACAAGAUUCUCUGGUCUGAUGAAACCAAGAUUGAACUCUUUGGCUUGAAUGCUAAGCGUCACGUCUGGAGGAGACUUGGCACCAUCCCUACGGUGAAGCAUGGUGGUGGCAGCAUUAUGCUGUGGGGAUGUUUUUCAGUGGCAGGGACUGGGAGACUAGUCAGGAUCAAGGGAUAGACGAACAGAGCAAAGUACCGAGAGAUCCUUGAUGAAAACCUGCUCCAGAGCGCUCAGGAUUUCAGACUGGGGCGAAGGUUCACCUUCCAACAGGACAACGACCCUAAGCACACAGCCAAGACAAUGCAGGAGUGGCUUCGGGACCAUUCUUUGAAUGUCCUUGAGUGGCCCAGCCAGAGCCCGGACUUGAACCCGAUCGAACAUCUCUGGAGAGACCUGAAAAUAGCUGUGCAGCGAUGUUCCCCAUCCAACCUGACGGAGCUUAAGAGGAUUUGCAGAGAAGAAUGGGAGAAACACUCAAAAUACAGGUGUUCCAAGCUUGUAGCGUCAUACCCAAGAAGACUCGAGGCUGUAAUCGCUGCCAAAGGUGCUUCAACAAAGUACUGAGUAAAGGGUAUGAAAACUUAUGUAAAUGUGAGAUUUCAGUUUUUUAUUUGUAAUACAUUUGCAAAAAUUUCUAAAAACCUGUUUUUGCUUUGCCAUUAUGGGGUAUUGUGUGUAGAUUGAUGAGGGGGAAAAAACAAGUUAAUCCGUUUUAGAAUAAGGCUGAUACGUAACAAAAUGUGAAUAAAAGUCAAGGGGUCUGAAUACUUUCCGAUUGCACUGUAUGCACUACAUUACCAAAAGUAUGUGGACACCUGCUCGUCGAACAUCUCAUUCCAAAAUCAUGGGCAUUAAUAAGGAGUUGGUCCCCCCUUUGCUGCUAUAAUAGCCUCCACUCUUCUGGCAAGGCUUUCCACUAGAUGUUGGAACAUUGCUGCGGGGACUUGCUUUCAUUCAGCCACGGGCAAUAAUGAGGUCAGGCACUGAUGUUGGGCGAUUAGGCCUGGCUCACAUUUGGCGUUCCAAUUCAUCCGAAAGGUGUUCGAUGGGGUUGAGGUCAGGGCUCUGUGCAGGCCAGUCAAGUUCCUCCCCACCGAUCUCUACAAAUCAUUUCUGUAUGGACCUCGCUUUUUGCACAGGGGCAUUUAUCAUGCUGAAAUAGGAAAGGGCCUUCCCCAAACUGUUGCCAUACGGUCCCGUUCUGUGACCUUGUGUGGCCUACUACUUCGAGGCUGUGCCGUUGUUGCUCCUAGACGGUUCCACUUCACAAUAACAGCACUUACAGUUGACCAGGGCAGCUCUAGCAGGGCAGAAAGUUGACGAACUGACUUGUUGGAAAGGAGGCAUCCCAUGACUGUGGCACGUUGAAAGUCACUGAGCUUUUCAGUAAGGCCAUUCUACUGCCAAUGUUUGUCUAUAUAGAUUGCAUGGCUGUGUGCUCGAUUUUAUACACCUGUCAGCAACGGGUGUGGCUGAAAUAGCUGGAUCCACAAAUUUGAAGGGGUGUCCACAUACUUUUGUGUACCGUAUUUUCCGCACUAUAAGGCGCACCGGAGUAUAAGCCGCAGCAGCUAAAUUGAAUGAUAUUGAAUGAUGUGUACAUAUAUAAGCCGCACUGGACUAUAAGCCGCAGGUGUUUUAAUGUUUAAUUACCAUAUGUAAGGGUUCGUGCACAGAGGGGAUUGUAGGGAAAGAGAUGGCUGCUUGAGGAAGCUCCCAUUUAUUAACAUUUCAACAAACAAGUUGCAUAUUUGCAUAACGUAUUCAAGUGUUACCAUUUAGUGCAAUAGUAGCUACAGAACAUAUACUGUGCUGUGUAAACUGUACUGUAUCACACAGCGUUUCAGACACACAAACUUUUCAACUUUCAAACUUAAACGGUGCGCUUCCAGCGCACAUACCGGCAGUGAUCUACAGCAGUGGUUUUCAACCAGUGGUCCUUGAGGGAGUGCUAGGGGUUCCCCAGCAAAAUUAGUUAAUAGCGUCACAAUCAUUUAACCACUUAACUUUGGUUAUUUUUGAAAAACCUUGAAAAAGUGUGCACAUCUUUGAAUAUGUAUCUACAUUAUAGCCUACAGUAGUACCAUAACAAAAAACAAAGCUUACAGCGCUUGACGAGGCAAUAUCAAUGGCUAAAUUAAAUGUGUUUUUUUGAAAGUGCAAAAUAAAGUGCCUGUAACACGACAGUAAGCGCGUAAGCCUAAAGUUGCAGCAACACGGCUGCUUAAAAUAUACGGUAAUCAGCCUACCAGAAAAGUCAUUAAUCCUCGUCUUCAUCUUUUAGGCUAAGGUGCAGUACACGGCUGUAACCAGAAAAGUCAAGUCAUUAAUCCUCAUCUCCGUCUUCUUCCUGCGUACUAAAACCACCAAAGUCCUCAUCUUCAGUGUUGGAAACGAACAGGCUCAGGGUGGCUUCGUCAGCCACUCUCCUCUCUCCUUCAUUGUCGCUCUCAAAACCAACGAACUCCUCUUCGUCACUGUCGGAAUCGAACAGCCUCUGAAGGGCCUCAGCUGUGGCGGCGUUCUCCUCUUCAUCACGCAGCAGUCCAGCCUUUCGGAACCCGUUAAUGAUCGUGGAUGUUUUGACAGCCAUAUUGACUGCCUUUAACUUAAAAGCUGCAUCAUAUGCAUUUCUACGUUUGUUUUCCAUAAUGAGGGUUUGUGCAUGAAAACUUCCUUUGCACAAACUGUCUCACUCUCGUAAUGUCUGUCGGUCUUGCUCUCGUUCUGUCUCGUUCUGUCUCUCGUACCACUCUCGGUUCCACUUUUACUUUUGCGCGCUCUCACUCUUUUCCGGCCUCCAGCUUUUCCUGCUGGAGCCCGCCGCUUAAAGGUGGGGGGCGCGGAUCGGUCAUAGAGCCCAUAGAGUUAAAGUUGGUGGACUGUAACCUGUAAAAUCCAUAGAUUUAGGAGGUCUUCUAGUGGCCGUUAGCUGUAAAAAUCCAUAGAUUAGCCGCACCGUUAUAUAAGCCGCAGAGUCGAAAAAUGGGAAAAAAGGCGCGGCUUAUAGUCCGAAAAUUACGGUAUAUAUAGUGUAUCAUACAUGAGCAUGGCAUCAUGACAUGUACUGAAGAAGCACUUCCCUGGGAGGCUGGCUGGCAGUAUACAACAAGGCAGUAUACAAGCUUCUCUGUAUAGGUAGAGGUUGCUGAGCAGUUUGUGGUCCACUGCAGAAAAGGCUCACCGACACCCUGAUAUAUGCCUCCAUAAGAAAGGUUUGAGUAUGGCGGAUUAUGGUUCCUCCAUUACCAGGUAGUACCAGACAAUUUUUCGGGUCUUUAGCACUUUGUGCAAAACUCAUGAACAGGAAAAUAUCCAUUAGGCACUAAACGGAAGAAAACUGACAGAAACAGUGAUGGACUACCUGGAUGAUUCGAAUACAAAGUGCUCCUUUUCGUUUUCUGUUCGCAAAACAUAUGAAACUGUUUCCGUUGCGUACCCUUAUGAACACGAACUACUGUAAAUAUUGCCUCUGAGUGCUCUGACCACUGAAAAUGCCCACAGGAGAAGAUGUGUGAGGAGUCCACAUCCUUUGACCUCACACCCUACGACCUGGCAUCAGCCAUCGAUGCUGUGGACAAGCUGCUAGCGGAGCAGGCCAGAGACGCCGGGAGAGGAGACGUCUCGGAGGACUUCAAUAUGGAAUCCAUAAACGGGGGUCAGAAUAAUAGUUCUACAUUAUUGUCCACACAAUUUGGAAACUCAUUGUAAGGACAAACAUUCAUGAUUUCCAAGCCAUUUCCCUCCCCCGUGUCGUAUUCAUAUGCAGAAAUGUUUGAAGUAGUGUCCUCCUGGUUCCAUUGUUUGAGAGGCCUAUGAAUUGUUUUGUUAUGACGAAAUGUUGACUACAUUGUUGAAUUUGAAACGGAAACGGUUUUUUUCUUUAUUUGAAAGUGCCACCUUUUAACGACUUUCAUUCCAGGUUUGAAAUUGGACAUAACCACCAUUGCUAAAAUAAAACGUAAGUUAUUUUAUCUUAAUGUUUGUCAUGCAACCCUCAUACACUCCUAUCUUUAAAGGGGCAAUCAGCAGUUGUUACAUCCAUUUUUGGACUUAUAAAUUAAUGAUAUGCACCCAUUGAUUCAUGAAGAAUUUUACUUAUAAAUGCCUCAUGAGCUUAGUUCAACUGUCGUACCCAUCAGAACCCAAAAUAUAAGCUUGUUUUAUGUCGAUGUUUGUAAUCGAAACAUUUCAACAAACACUAUAUAGCUUCAACACAUGGUUAAAAUUAUAACUUUGAUAUGGAUGGUCAGUCCUUGCAUCCAUAGCUCUAUGAAUUUGAGAGUGCUUAAAUUUCUCCAGCCCAAUCCCUCAGCAUUUUACCAAACCAGGGCAGGGAGCCUGCUUUGUUGUUGUUUCUACUGCUGAUUGCCACGUUAAGAAGCAUGGGAUUUCACCAAUGAAUGCGUCUGAUGGUUUAAAUGUGUAAUCUCUUAGAGAUUGCACUGCACAACUCUUUAACUCCCUUCUUACAUAAAUGGUUUUGCAGAGAUACUUCUGGAUCUGGAGGCGGCCAUUGAUUCCUACGACGUGCCGGAGAAGGGGAUCACCAAACCUGGGAGGUGUGUUCUUCUGGGUUUUACAGAGGGUAUACUUGAUAUUAAUAUUGAGAUGUUUUUGCUUAUGGCUGUCAUCACCACCCAAAAGAGAAUUAAGGAUAAAGUCAGUGCAUUUAUUUUGGAACUCCCCUCAUAGCACCAUGCAGGCAUGCAAGCAUUUCAAAAGCUCUUGACAGGCUAUGCAUUUGUUUACUGCUGUCAUCCCCAAAGGUAAUGAAGGAUAAAGCACAUUUACACUUCAUGCACAUUAGUGUAUUUUUUGUAAUGCCCUUCAAAGCACCAUGCUUGCAUUUACAGUGCCUUCAGAAAGUAUUCACACCCCUUCACUUUUUCCACAUUUUGUUGUGUUACAGCCUGAAUUUAAAAUUGAUUAAAUUGAGAUGUUGUGUCACUGGCCUACACCCCAUAAUGUCAAAGUGGAAUUAUGUUUAAAAGUUAAAGCUGAAAUGUCUUGAGUCAAUAAGUAUUCAACCCCUUUGUUAUGGCAAGCCUAAAUACAGUGCAUUCGGAAAGUAUUCCGACCCCUUGACUUUUUCCACAUUUUGUUACGUUACAGCAUUAUUCUAAAAUUGAUGAGGAAAUGUUUUAUUUAAUCCAUCUACCCACAAUACCCCAUAAUGACAAAGUGAAAACAGGUUUUUAUAAAUUUUUGCGAACGUAUAAAAAACAGAUACCUUAUUUACAUAAGUAUUCAGACCCUUUGCUAUGAGACUCGAAAUUGAGCUCCGGUGCAUCCUGUUUCCAUUGAUCAUCCUUGAGAUGUUUCUACAACUUCAUUGGAGUCCACCUGUGGUAAAUUCAAAUGAUUGGACAUGAUUUGGAAAGGCACACAGAGUAGAGGGUCUGAAUACUUAUGUAAAUGUAAUAUUUCAGUUUUAUUUUUUAUAUAUGUGCUAAAAUGUCUAAACCUGUUUUGGCUUUGUCAUUAUGAGGUAUUGUGUGUAGAUUGAGGGAUAAAAACUAUUUAAUCCGUUUUAGAAUAAGGCUGUAACGUAACAAAGUGGAAAAAGUCAAGUGGUCUGAAUACUUUCCCAAUGCACUGAACAAUUAUCUGUAAGUUCCCUCAGUCGAGCAGUGAAUUUCAAACAUAGAUUCAACCACAUGCCUCUCAAAGAAGGGCACCUAUUGGUAGAUGGGUAAAAAAAAAAGCAGACAUUGAAUAUCCCUUUUGAGCAUGGUGAAGUUAUUAAUUACACUUUGGAUGUUGUAUUAAUACACCCAGUCACUACAAAGAUACAGGCGUCCUUCAUAACUAAUUUGCCGGAAUGAAGGAAACUACUCAGUGAUUUCACCAUGAGCCAAUGGUGACUUUAAAAAAGUGACUGAUUUUAAUGGCUGUGAUAGGACAAAACUAAGGAUGGAUCAACAACAUUGUAGAUACUCCACAAUACUAACCUAAAUAACAGAUUGAAAAUAACUAAGCCUGUACAGAAUGUUCUAAAACAUGCAUCCUGUUUACAAUAAGGCACUAAAGUAAAACUGCAAAUGUGGCAAAGAAAUGAACUUCAUGUCCUGAAUACAAAGCGUAAUGUUUGGGGCAAAUCCAACACAACUCAUAACUGAGUACCCCUCUUCAUAUUUCCAAGCAUGGUGGUGGCUGCAUCAUGUUAUAGGUAUGCUUGUCAUCGGCAAUGACUAAGUCAGGUUUUUUAAAAUAAACUAAAUAGACUAAGCGCAGGCAAAAUCCUAGAGGAAGACCUGGUUCAGUGUCCUUUCCAACAGACACUGGGAGAUAUUCACCUUUUCAGGAGCACUAAAACCUAAAACACAAGGCCAAAUAUACACUGGAGUUGCUUACCAAGACGACAUUGAAUGUUCCUGAGUGGCCUAGUUACAGUUUUGACUUAAAUCUGCUUGAAAAUAUAUGGCAAGACUUGAAAAUGGUUGUCUAGCAAUUAUCAACAACCAACUUGACAGAGCUUGAUGAAUAUUUUAAAGAAAUUGCAAAUAUUGUACAAUCCAGUUGUGCAAAGCUCUUAGACUUACCCAGAAAGACUCCCAGCUGUAAUCUCUGUCAAAGGUGAUUCUGACAUGUAUUGACUCAAGUGUGUGAAUACUUAUGUAAAUGGAUAUUUCUGUAUUUCUUUUUCAAUAGAUUUGCAAACAUUUCUUAAAACAUGUUUUCACUUUGUCAUUAUGGGUUAUUGGGUGUAGAUGGGUGAGGGGAAUUUUUUAAUUUUUUUUAUCCAUAUAGAAUUCAGGCUGUAACACAACAAAAUGUGGAAUAAGUCAAGGUGUAUGAAUACUUUCUGAAGGCACUGUAUAAAGCACUCAUCCACAUUUUGUACACUUUAAAACAUCCCUCUCAGCUUCAUCUACGAGUUGUUCCAGAAGGCUCACCUCACAUUCGACACAAAGACGCCCAUCUUUGAAGCCCUGGAGCAGAUCACUGGAUAUCUGGCUGGAAGUGAGUCUGUCUAUUCAUAUGGCUCCCCCUUUAUUCAGCCAUUCUUGAUGUGAUAUCAAAUUCAAAUCUAAAAUUUUGAAAGCUCAUUCAAUGAAAAUUAAAAUGUCUAAAACAUUAUUGAGCUACUGUAUGUCCGCUUGUCUCAAGUCCUGAGUCAUUGUCAUAUUAGGAUUCAAGUUGCGCUUUCCAUUAUUUGCUUUUCACUGCCUUUUCUAGUACCUUACAUUGUCAUUCGAAUGCUGACUGUCUGAACAUAGUAUCAUCGCCAUCACUAACUAUCUGUGUUUAUUUAUUUUAACAGAACCAGGCAUAUUCAUGAACACAACUGGAUUACAGAAAUUGGCAGAUAUAAUUCAGGUUUGGUGCACUUUUAAAGCAUUAUUUUUCCCUUAAAAAUACUUAAUGUAUGUAUUUUUAUAACAUUUGUAUACUAAAUGUGCAGAUGUAACAACAAUACAUUGGAAUUGAAAGAUGUUGAGCACUUCUCAGACCUAUUGAUUUUCAGAGGGUUUCCUGUCCUACAGAUGGGAAAGAGGGAAAAAAAGAAACAUGAUCAGGAGAAGAAAGAAAGAAGAAGGGGAUGAUAGAGAGGAAUUAGAUAAGGGAGAUGUGAUUGAAAUAAAGCAAAAUCACUGCAUUAGAUCAGGAACAAUGUCCUUGUUUUAAAAAUCUAUCAAUUUAUGUCCAAUGUGCAAUACUGUGUCAUGUAUUUUCUUAUCUUUCUCUUCUUUUCAUAUUUUCUCUCACUAGCUGGUGUUCUGCGUUGAUACACAAGAGGGCAACAAAUGUGCAAACAUGCCGCCCAACAUGCAAUCCACCACCACUAAAUUUAAGGUGUGUAAUAGGCACUGGAGUCACUACCACAUCUGUAUCUGGAAAUACCAAUGUCAAUCAGAAUUGUACAUUUGAACCAUGGUUUUAAUACUGUUUUGGCACAUGUCCACUGUCACAGGUCCAUAUCCAUAAAGACACCAGCCAUCAUAAGAAAAAACAAAAUACUGACGUGUGGUCUUCAUCUUCCUCCAAAAAACAAGGUAACAGUCCGUGUCAGUCUUUCAUUUGAGGACUCUGUUGUAACUGUAGUGACUUGUGUCAAAAUCAAAACUUCUAUAGCCAUUUCAAACCGGGGACGGGUUACCACGUGAUUUCCAAAGAAAGGUUACUCACUUGACAUUUUACAUUUGUCAUUUAGCAGACGCUGUUAUCCAGAGCGAGUAGUAAGUGCAUACAUUUUCAUACUUAGCGAAUACAGCUAGCUAGUUUAGCCUACUCAAACACCUGGCUCAGAGAGGGAUGCUAUGUUAGCUAGCUGGCUAUGGCUAUGCAAAACUGGAACUCUUCCAAGUCAAGCGAAGUUUUUGGUUUUCUUAAUAUAUUGCCACUGGGGCCCGCCGGUAUAAAUGCUAAACUGUUUGCUGACUGUACACUGUACUGCAUGAUUGUAGCGGGUUUACUAAUGCGUCAGUUCUAUUAGCUAUGUUGACUAUGACGUUAGCUAGCUAAUAUGGUGACAACGAUGUAGGCUGUGUGUAGCGGUUAUGAUAUGAAGGUUUGGCUUGGAAAGGUUUUUUCGCCUGGUCACAGACAGCUGAUGUGUUGUGCACUGAAGUCCACAAGCGAAGGGAAAAGGUGAGCGGAAGAUUACAAUGAGAAGGAAUUACAACGAGCAAAGUGAUCAUGCUCUUUGCUAUCAAAGUGAACUUGUCUUUGCGUGUGAUCAGGGGUGUAUUCAUUCCACUGAUUCUGUAGAAAAACUUUUCUUAAAUGGAAGCAAACGGAACGAAACUGCAAUAAACAUAACUUAAUUUUUCCAAUAGAAACUCUAAUGAUUUGACUAAUGAUUACACCCUAGAUCAGCUAGAUGCAGGCAAGAGUGUGCAAGGCAGUAUUGAAUGUGUCACUGUCUGUCAACUUGAUUACUCACAUUUCUCUGGACCUGUGCACCUACGUUGUAAACUUUCAUUCAUAGGCUAGGUUGUAGCAACCUCAUGAUGGGUAUAGGGAAAAUUCAAAUAUCAUGUAGUAGCCCAAACCUAUCGACAUUACAUUGAGCUGGGUGAAUGGAAUAUGAAUGACAGUCAUCCAAUAUGCUGUAAUAGAAAUAAGGCCAUGCUCAUAAAAAAACACAAUUAUUGUCAUCCCUCAUCUGAAACGGCACUGACCACCACAGGUAGAUAUUGUUUUUAUAAUAAAGGACAUUUCUUCAAACAUAAAGGUAAGUAUUUUCAUAUACAUAUCCUUUUUUCUUUUCAAAAUAAUAAACAUAGGCUUUUUCAUAAAUGGAUCCAACAGUAACUCUAUGAACACAGAUCUCAAGUUGCCUAGACAAAUGGGUUAAUACUCCCUAGGAGUACAGUAUAUACAGUACCUUCGGAAAGUAUUCAGACCCCUUGACUUAUUCCACAUUUGGAUACGUUACAGCCUUAUUCUAAAAUUGAUUAAAUAAAUAAAAAUCCUCAGCAAUCUACACACAAUACCCCAUAAUGACAAAACGAAAACAGGUAUUUAGAAAUGUUUGCAAAUAAAUAAAAAACAGAAAUACCUUAUGUAUUCAGACCCUUUGCUAUGAGACUCGAAAUUGAGCUGUCCCACUGGCUAUCAUAAGUUCAAUGCACCCAUUUGUAAGUCGCUCUGGAUAAGAGCGUCUGCUAAAUGAUGUAAAUGUUGUUCAAUGAACCAUAAACAAUUAAUGAACAUGCACCUGUGGAACGGUCGUUGAGACACUAACAGCUUACAGACGGUAGGCAAUUAAGGUCACAGUUAUGAAAACUUAGGACACUAAAGAGGCCUUUCUACUGACUAUGAAAAACACCAAAAGAAAGAUACCCAGGGUCCCUGCUCAUCUGCGUGAACGUGCCUUAGGCAUGCUGCAAGGAGGCAUGAGGACUGCAGAUGUGGCCAGGGCAAUAAAUUGCAAUGUCCGUACUGUGAGACGCCUAAGACAGCACUACAGGGAGACAGGACGGACAGCUGAUCAUCCUCGCAGUGUCAGACCAUGUGUAACAACACCUGCACAGGAUCGGUACAUCCGAACAUCACACCUAUGGGACAGGUACAGGAUGGCAACAACAACUGCCCGAGUUACACCAGGAACGCACAAUCCCUCCAUCAGUGCUCAGACUGUCCGCAAUAGGCUGAGAGAGGCUGGACUGAGGGCUUGUAGGCCUGUUGUAAGGCAGAUCCUCACCAGACAUCACCGGCAACAACGUCGCCUAUGGGCACAAACCCACCGUCGCUGGACCAGACAGGACUGGCAAAAAGUGCUCUUCACUGACGAGUCGCGGUUUUGUCUCACCAGGGGUGAUGGUCGAAUUCGCUCAUCCUGACCUGACCCUCCAGCAUGACAAUGCCACCAGCCAUACUGCUCGUUCUGUGCGUGAUUUCCUGCAAGACAGGAAUGUCAGUGUUCUGCCAUGGCCAGCGAAGAGGCCGGAUCUCAAUCCCAUUGAGCACGUCUGGGACCUGUUGGAUCGGAGGGUGAGGGCUAGGGCCAUUCCCCCCCAGAAAUGUCCAGGAACUUGCAGGUGCCUUGGUGAAAGAGAGGGGUAACAUCUCACAGCAAGAACUGGCAAAUCUGGUGCAGUCCAUGAGGAGGAGAUGCACUGCAGUACUUAAUGCAGCUGGUGGCCACACCAGAUACUGACUGUUACUUUUGAUUUUGACCCCCACUUUGUUCAGGGACACAUUAUUCAAUUUCUGUUAGUCACAUGUCUGUGGAACUUGUUCAGUUUAUGUCUGUUGUUGAAUCUUGUUAUGUUCACACAAAUAUUUACACAUGUUAAGUUUGCUGAAAAUAAACGCAGUUGACAGUGAGAGGACGUUUCUUUUUUUGCUGAGUUUAUUAACAUAAUGCAAGAGUAGGCCUUUAAUCAAUGUAGAUUGUAGACGGAGCAGAGAGUGCCAAAAUCUGCGCAAAAUGUCAGAUAACCUUUCUCUCGCUCACCUCUCCAAUGUCGGAUGAUCAUGGGCCUUUUGCAGCAGACAAUCCUUUGUCUGGCUUGUUUUAAAGCUUAAUUUCCCAUUUUGUCCCAAUCCUCACUUUAUUUGAAUGUGACUUGUUGGUCUAAGCAUAUCUUUCAUGAUCAACUUUCAAAUGAAUCUAGGAGGCCAGUAACAGAGUUCUUUCUCAGAACGUUAUGUUUGUGAAUAGCCUAAAUAAAAACAUGAUAUGGUAAUAAUGAGAGAGAGAACCAACAAUUGCAAGAUAGAAAAAUCAAAUGGGAAGUUUAAACAAACCUUAUAAGUUUCUGGCCUCCACCUGACCAAAGCUUUAGGAAAAAAAAGUUGUGUGCCGCAGGAAAAUCCUUGCUAACCAAACAGCCAAUAAUAUAGGCCUACACUAAAUACAAAUUUAAUUCAGUAACAUUUGCAGUAAACGUUACUUGUACAAGUUAAACUUCUAAACAGAUAUGUAUAUGAUUGUGGAAGUGUUUAUUCAAAUCCUUGAAUUGCGCAACGGGCUUUACAUAAGCUCCCACAGUAGUACUUUUGAUAACGGGGAACAAAAAAUUAAUGUUGCCUAUAAAAAUAAUAUCCCACAUUUGGAUAGGCUACAAAUUAAGCUAAUUAGCUCUCCCAAGAAGACUGCCCAGUGAUGUCUUCUAUGGUGAACAAGCGCACUCAAUCUCAGUUUAAAUUGUCCGAAAUCACCAUUGAAAGGGUCUCGUAUCACACAACGUUUGGUUCCAAAUCACCAUUCAGUUAUCGGUACCACAUAUCACCAUAUGAUUGGUUCAUAUUUAUUUAUUUGCACACAAGAAAAUACAAUAUUGGUAAGAUGAUUUCCACAUUAUAGUCUGAAUAGACUUUAAUUGGUGUUUUGUGCAUGACACAGGCUGCAUUACAGUUUGUUUAUAGCAUUGCUAGGCAACGCAAUGACCUGCUUUCCCCUGUCCCAGGUAAAAAAAUAAAUAGCUCAUACAAUCGUGUAGCAACGAUGUUUAGACAGGGCAAUGGGAUGAUGUGUCGUUCCAGACAUUGCCCAACCCUAGAAGGCACUGUAUCUAAUGGAAACAUGUUGUUUCAUGAGUGUGUUUUAAGCAUUGAGAUCUCAUUCUGUAUUCACAAAGUGUGUCAGUGUAGGAGUGCUGAUUUUAGUAUCAGUUUGGCCUUUUAGAUCAUAAUGAAUAAGAUGAUAUGGACAGGGGGACCUGGGGCUGUAUGUACCAAGCGUCUCAGUGAUCAGCACUCCUGCUCUGAGAUGAUUUGUGAAUAAAGGCAUUUGUCUUGCAGGUUGAGAUUGAGAUCCCGGUACAUUAUAUAGCUUUAAGCACUGAGUUUGAGCUACGUCAAAUAGCAGUCCACUGCUCUCCUCGUUGAAGAAAAUCUGAAUAAAUCGGUCACUUGCUUGGCCAUUCUCCAACCAAAAUAAUCUGUUGUUUGCAGGCAACCAAGUUAGACAGAUUUAUGGACAUCUGCGCUCAUGUUUGCGAGUGGCGCAGUGGUCUAAGGCACUGCAUUGCAGUGCUAGCUGUGCCACUAGAGAUCCUGGUUCGAAUCCAGGCUCUGUCGUAGCCGGCCGCGACCGGGAGACCCAUGGGGCGGCGCACAAUUGGCCCAGGGUAAGGGAGGGAAUGGCCGGCAGGGAUGUAACUCAGUUGGUUGAGCAUGGCGUUUGCAACGCCAGGGUUUUGGGUUCGAUUCCCACGGGGGGCCAGUAUGAUUUUUUAAAAUAAUGUAUGCACUCACUAACUGUAAGUCGCUCUGGAUAAGAGCGUCUGCUAAAUGACUAAAAUGUAAAUGUUUGGACCGAGUUCCCAGGUUGAAUGAUGUACCAUGGUGUUUUAUGAUUUUGGGUAACCAUUGUUGAUGUAAUGUUUUCUGGUGGUGUAUUCCAGGAAAUGUUCUGAGUUACUGGUGCUUCUCGCCUGGAUUCAGCAUGCAGGAGCUGGUGAGACAGGGCGUGCGCAGCAUCAUCCUUACCAGCGGUACACUCGCCCCUCUGUCCUCGUUCACGUCCGAAAUGCAAAUGUGAGUGUGUGUCAUCGUCUCCGACUGUGAGUCAUCUGUCAACCACACACACACACACACAGAGGGGAAAAAGCUACAACAUGAAAUUAGCCAUAAACUUUGUUCAUCACCUAAAGUGCUGGUGUAAAAGGUGUGAUGACAUUCACAUGUUGGUCAUAUAGCGGACUUGUCCAGACCAUAUAGAGACAGUUCUGUUUUUGGUGUUUUCUACUGACUGGGGUUUCCUUUUUUGGGUUUCACUUCUUCUCCUGACCUCUUGCCCCCACAGUCCCUUUCCAGUAUGCCUGGAGAACCCCCAUGUGAUUCAGCAUGAUCAGAUCUUUGUCAGCAUAAUCGACCGCGGUCCAGACAGCGUGCAGCUCAGUUCAGCGUUUGACCGCAGGUGGGCACCUCCACCGCUGUGACUACCCUCUCUGGGGUGAUAUACAGUGCCUUCGGAAAGUAUUCAGACCCCUUGACUUUUUCCACAUUUCAUUACAUUACAGCCUUAUUCUAAAAUUGAUUAAAUUGUUUUUUCCCCUCAUCAAUCUACACACAAUACCCCAUAAUGACAAAGCAAAAACAGGUUUAUCACAUUUACAUAAGUAUUCAGACCCUUUACUCAGUACUUUGUUGAAGCCCCAUUACAGCAUCAAGUAUUCUUGGGUAUGACAUUACAAGCUUGGCACACCUGUAUUUGGGGAGCUUCUCUUAUUCUUCUCUGCAGAUCCACUCAAGCUCUUUCAGGUUGGAUGGGGAGUGUCACUGCACAGCUAUUUUCAGGUCUCUCCAGAGAUGUUCGAUCGGGUUCAAGUCGGGGCUCUGGCUGGGCACUCAAGGACAUUCAGAGACUUGUCCCGAAGCCACUCCUGCGUGGUAUUGGCUGUGUGCUUAGGGUUGUUGUCCUGUUGGAAGGCGAACCUUCAUCCCAGUCGGAGGUCCUGAGCGCUCUGCAGCAGGUUUUCAUCAAGGAUCUCUCUGUACUUUGCUCCGUUCAUCUUUGCCUCGAUCCUGACUAGUCUCCCAGUCGCUGCCUCUGAAAAACAUCCCCACGGCAUGAUGCUGCCACCACCAUGCUUCACCGUAGGGAUGGUUCCAGGUUUCCUCCAGACGUGACACUUGGCAUUCAGGCCAAAGAGUUCAAUCUUGGUUUCAUCAGACCAGAGAAUCUUGUUUCUCAUGGUCUGAGAGUCCUUUAGGUGCCUUUUGGCAAACUCUAAGCGGGCUGUCAUGUGCAUUUUACUGAGGAGUGGCUUCCGUCUGGCCACUCUACCAUAAAGGCCUGAUUGGUGGAGUGCUGCAGAGAUGGUUGUCCUUAUGGAAGGUUCUCUCAUCUCGACAGAGGAACUCUAGAGCUCUGUCAGAGUGACCAUCGGGUUCUUGGUCACCUCCCUGACCAAGGCCCUUCUCCCCCGAAUGCUCAGUUUGGCCGGGCGGCCAGCUCUAGGAAGAGUCGUGGUGGUUCCAAACUUCUUCCAUUUAAGAAUGAUGGAGGCCACUGUGUUCUUGGGGACCUUCAAUGCUGCAGAAAUAUUUUGGGACCCUUCCCCAGAUCUGUGCCUUGACACAAUCCUGUCUCGGAGCUCUACAGACAAUCCCUUUGACCUCAUCUGUGUUCCUUUCCAAAUCAUGUCCAAUCAAUUUAAUUUACCACAGGUGUACUCCAAUCAAGUUGUAGAAACAUCUCAAGGAUGAUCAAUGGAAACAGGAUCCACCUGAGCUCAAUUUCGAGUCUCAUAGCAAAGGGUCUCAAUACUUAUGUAAAUAAGGUAUUUCCGGUUUUUAAAUUUUAAUACAUUUGCAACAAUUCUGAAAACCUGUAUUUGCUUUGUCAUUAUGGGGUAUUGUGUGUAGAUUGCAGAGGAUUUUUAUUUAUUUAAUUCAUUUUUUUUAAUAAGGCUGUAACAAAAUGUGGAAAAUUUCAAGGGGUCUGAAUACUUUCCGAAGGCACUGUAUAUAUGAUUAUAUAAUUUUAGCUUAAUUAACACAAAUUCACUAUUUGUUUCAAAGGUUUGUCCCUGAAAACAUGGCAUCUUUAGGGAACACUGUUGGUAAGACAAACAUAUCCUACAAAUUAAUUUGUCGUUCUUGAAUUGCGGUGGCAUUUGUGUCCCUUGCCUAUGCAACCAUGAAAAACACUGUUAAGUGACAAAUAGUUACACAUCAUACAUGUUUUUGUUUUGUUUAUAUUGCAAUGUUUAUCAAUGAUAAAACAUAAUGCAAGUCCUUUUUAUACUGCAAAACGUUAUAUAACUCCUGAGUGGCGCAGUGGUCUAAGGCACUGCAUCGCAGUGCUAGCUGUGCCACUAGAGAUCCUGGUUCGAGUCCAGGCUCUGUCGCAGCCGGCUGCGACCGGGAGACCCAUGGGCGGCGCACAAUUGGUCCAGCGUCGUCCAAGGUAGGGGAGGGUUUGGCCGGCAGGGAUGUGGGUUCGUUUCCCACAGGGGGCCAGUAUAAAAAAAUAAAUAAAAAAUACAUGUAUGCAUUCACUAACUGUAAAUCGCUCUGGAUAAGAGCGUCUGCUAAAUGACUAAAAUGUAAAUGUAAAAUGUAAAUAUAUGCAUUGUUUAAAGUACUUAGGGUAAGCAAAUUGACUUGUCCCAGUAUUGAGAUGUUUUGGUGAUUUAGAGAUAUCCAUCUGUUAUUUUCAAUGGUCCAAAGUGAACAAAAGUAUUUAAUAGAUUAAUAAAAACAUUUUUUAGAACUUGUAUAAUGUGUGUCUCUAAGUUUCAUGUCAUUGGUGUAAAUGCCUUGAAAAUCACUCUACAGAGAUAUACAAAGACCUUGAGCAUUACCUCCAGUGGCAAAUUGUUAUCGGGGAGGGGUAUAUUAAAGGGAUACUUCGGAAUUUUGGCAACGAUGCCCUUUUAUCUACUUCCCCAGAGUCAGAUGAACUCGUGGAUAUCAUUUGUAUGUCUCUGUGUCCAGUAUGAAGGAAGUUAAAGGUAGUUGCACUAGACUUCCAGCCAUUGCUCUAAUGCUAGAUAGCAUUGGCUCGAGAAACAUACUGGACACAACCCAUUCUACUAAAUUACCUUAACUGUCAUUCUUUCACCUUUUUCUUUCUGCAGUGAAUCUGGGCCGCGUGGUCCCUCACGGUUUGCUGGUGUUCUUCCCCUCUUACCCCGUGAUGGACAAGACGCUGGAGUUCUGGAGGGUGAGUGCAGCUCAGGGAUCCCUCAGGAAAGAGGCUGUCACCAUUUGAACGCCCUCCAUUCAGCAACUUAUUAGAAAUUCCACCCAUACGUUGAUAAUUGCCCUUUUUUUUCUUCUAUGAAAGUACUUUUCAGGUUAGGAUUUGAAUAUCAAUCCAUUUCCUGCUGCGAAUGAGUUUGUAUUGAAUUGACCCCAGGCCUGAUGUAGAGGUAGCCUUGUAUCCAUACAGUAUGUGCUGAAGCCGACUCUACACUUCUAUGGUUACCAGCACAUGGCAACAGUUGUUUGCUUCAGCCCAUACUGCGUGGAUGCAAGGUGUCUGUAGGGCAAGGUCUUUUAUAUUACGAAGGUCUGGACAAUGACAUCACAGUAAUGCAGAAAUUCAACCCUGGAGCAGGCAUGGGACCAGAUCCAAAGCAGUGUAUGUUGCCUAGACGGCGGAAGACAAGCGGUGUGAUAAAUCAUAAUUUAAAGACCUUAUAGGUGUAGGGGAUCCUCCUGCUUCAUUACAGUAAUGCUGAGCCUGUGAUGAGUCCUCUGGUCUUACCUAAUAUAAUAACAUGCUCUUCUAUGCCUGCUUUGUCCCCAGGCAAACGGGCAUGCCGACCGCAUUGAAAACAUAAAGCCCAUGUUUGUGGAGCCUAGGGGAAAGGGGACGUUCACGGAGGUCAGUGCUACAGACAGUCCCACGCUAAACGCUGCAUGUACUCUGUCACUACCUGCAGUUGCGUGACAGAGUUGCAGUAAAUGACAGUCAUCAUGGAAAUGUUUCUCCUGUGCUAUCUUUAGUACAGCAAAGCUAACUUAACCCACACCCAUUUCCCUUUUGUCUAGAUAAUUGAUGGUUAUUAUGACAAAGUCAAUGACUCGAAUUCUAAAGGGGGUAGCUUCUUUGCGGUCUGUCGUGGAAAGGUAAGACCUGCUUGUUUGUCAUGGUGAGUCUGACUUCCCCAUAUCCCUGCCUAAGGUACUUCCUCUGCUCUGAUGGCUUUAUAGCACUUACUGGUUCAGAUAGUCGCCCACUCACAUACUAUCCUCCAAAACAUACUUUAAAUCACUUCUACUAAAAGGUUACUGCUUACGCUCCAUGACCUAACGUCGUCAUGUUAGGGAAACAUAGCAUGCUACCUGAUUUGUAAUGUCAACACAGCAUUUCCUGAUUUGGUAAAGCAGAAUGUCACCAGCCCUCAUUGGAAAAACCAGCACACUUUAUUAUACGAGACCAAAUUCACAAAUUUGACAGUCGCCUUCUGGGAAUGCUAUAAAGUCAAAGUUAUUGGCGGAGUUAGCAAGUUGGCUGUCUGAAGUAUUACAAUCUAAAUUUGCUUUUUAAUCUGUCUGUCUGCAUAUUUCAAGACAUGCCAUAUAAGGGUGCAGCAGUGGUGUGCAUUCAUGGAUGUCAAGGGAAGCCAGGCUUCCCCCAAAGAACUUCCAAGAAAAAGAAGCAUAAAUUAUUUGAUCUUUCAUCUCUCUGUGUUUCAUAACUUUCCUUCAAUUCGCAAGAGGCUGAAUGUAUCUCACAGGAGAAAGCAUCCGAGCGAGCGAAACAGUGCCCCUCUGUCUCAGUAUGUGUAGCCCAUCUAUCUGAUCCUGUCUGGUCAAAAAGAGUAGGAUAUUGUUGCUGCGAUUGAAUGCAAGGGAAGCCAGCGAGCAUUUGGCCUCCCUUGAUAUUUAAAAAAAUCCAAUAAUAGCCAAUCAGCGUUAAGCUAAACUAACCGAGCUCAACUGUGAAUGCUCCUGGCACACCCAAAAAAAAGUUUAAAGGGAAGCCAGUUUGGAUUUGGCUUCACACCAAUCACAUCACAACAAUAACCAAACGUCAUUGACAGAAAAAUAGUUGUCGUCAAUUGUUGUAUUGUUGACCUCUGGUGGUUAGCUAGCUAUCUAAAAUGGACUCUUUCCUAAAUUAGUCCUGGAUGGAGAUAGGGAUUUGGACUUUACUUAAUUCUGAUCCAACCAUAAAUUCAUACAUUGGGCCCUUGCCUGAGAGGACGGAAGUUCAAUAUGUAGCUUGAUGUAGUAGGCUAAUGUUAACUAGCUGGCUAAUUGUUGCCCCUGAAAGGAAGUUAGGCUAGCGAGCAACAAUUUAAGCUAGGUAGCCUAGGACAACAAAAACGAGAGUGUAGGCUACUGUAUGACUGAUUCAUAGACCGUUUCGGUUCUGUUUUUUUUUUACUUGCAAGCACGCACACACACAUAAAUCACUAGCAUGGACAGCCACAUCACACACUGAACAAAAAUAUAAACGCAACAUGUAAAGUGUUGGUCUCAUGUUUCAUGAGCUGAAAUAAAAGAUCCCAGAAAUGUUCCAUAUGCACAAAAAGCUUAUUUCUCAAAAAUUUUGUACACACGUUUGUUUACAUUCCUGUUUGUGAGCAUUUCUGCUUUGCCAAGAUAAUCCAUCCACCUGACCGGUGUGGCAUAUCAAGAAGCUGAUUAAACAGCUUGAUCAUUACACAGGUGCACCUUGUGGUGGGGACAAUAAAAGGCCACUCUAAAAUAUGCAGUUUUCUCACACAACACAAUGCCACAGAUAUCUAAAGUUUUGAGGGAGCGUGCAAUUGGCAUGCUUACUGCAAGAAUGUCCACCAGAGCUGUUGUCAGAUAAUAUAAUGUUAAUUUCUCUACCAAAAGCUGCCUCCAACGUCAUUCAACCGGCUUCACAACCGCAGACUACGUGUAAUCACGCCAGCCCAGGGCCUCCACAUCCGGCUUCUUCACCUGUGGGAUCGUCUGAGACCAGCCACCAGGACAGCUGAUGAAACUGUGGGUUUGCACAACCAAAUAAUUUCUGCACAAACUGUCAGAAACCAUCUCAGGGAAGCUCAUCUGCGUGCUUGUCAUCCUCACCAGGUUCUUGACCCUACUACAGUUCGGCGUCGUAACCGACUUCAGUGGACAAAUGCUCACCUUCGAUGGCCACUGGCACGCUGGAGAAGUGUGCUCUUCACGGAAAAGCCCUGUUCCAACUGUACCGGGCAGAUGGCAGACAGCGUGUAUGGCGUCGUGUGGGCGAGUGGUUUGCUGAUGUCAACGUUCUGAACAGUGCCCCAUGUUGGCGGUGGGGUUAUGUUUUUGGCAGGCAUAAGCUACGGACAAUGAACACAAUUGCAUUUUAUCAAUUGGCAAUUUUAAUGCACAGCGAUACCGUGACGAGAUCCUGAGGCCUAUUGUUGUGCCAUUCAUCCGCUGCCAUCACCUCAUGUUUCAGCAUGAUAAUGCACGGCCCCAUGUCGCAAGGAUCUGUACACAAUUCCUGGAAGCUUAAAAUGUCCCAGUUCUUCCAUGGCCUGCAUACUCACCACCCAUUGAGCAUCUUUGGGAUGCUCUGGAUCUACGUCUACGACAGCGUGUUCCAGUUCCCGCCAAUAUCCAGCAACUUCGCCCAGCCAUUGAAGAGGAGUGGGACAAUAUUCCACAGGCCACAAUCCACUGUCUGAUCAACUCAAUGAGAAGGAGAUGUGUCGCACCGUGUGAGGCAAAUGGUGGUCACACCAGAUACUGACUGGUUUUCUGUUCCACGCCCCUUCCUUAUUUUUAAGGUAUCUGUGACCAACAGAUGCAUAUCUGUAUUCCCAGUCAUGUAAAAUCCAUAGAUUAGGGUCUAAUGAAUUUAUUUCAAUUGACUGAUUUCCUUAUAUGAACUGUAACACUCAGUAAAAUCUUUAAAAUUGUUGCGUGCUGUGUUUAUUUUUGUUAGGUAUUGGACUAAAUAGUUUUUUGAUAUCUUUUAGUCGUGGUCAAAAGUUUUGAGAAUGACACAAAUACUAAUUUUCACAAAGUCUGCUGCCUCAGUUUUGAUGAUGGAAAUGUGCAUAUACUCCAGAAUGUCAUGCAAUUAAUUGCAAAGUCCCUCUGUGCCAUGAAAAUGAACUUAAUCCCCAAAAAAACAUUUCCACUGCAUUUCAGCCCUGCCACAAAAGGACCAGCUGCCAUCAUGUCAGUGAUUCUCUCGUUAACACAGGUGAGAGUGAUGACGAGGACAAGGCUGGAGAUCACUCUCAUGCUGAUUUGAGUUAGAAUAACAGACUGGAAGCUUUAAAAGGAGGGUGGUGCUUGAAAUCAUUGUUCUUCCUCUAUUAACCAUGGUUACCUGCAAGGAAACACGUGCUGUCAGCAUUGCUUUGCACAAAAAGGGCUUCACAGGCAAGGAUAUUGCUGCUAGUAAGAUUGCACCUAAAUCAACCAUUUAUCGGAUCAUCAAGAACUUCAAGGAGAGAGGUUCAAUUGUUGUGAAGAAGGCGCCAAAGUCCAGCAAGCGCCAGGACCGUCUCCUAAAGUUGAUUCAGCUGCGGGAUCGGGGCACCACCAGUGCAGAGCUUGCUCAGGAUUGGCAGCAGGCAGGUGUGAGUGCAUCUGCACGCACAGUGAGGCGAAGACUUUUGGAGGAUGUCCUGGUGUCAAGAAGGGCAGCAAAGAAGCCACUUCUCUCCAGGAAAAACAUCAGGGACAGACUGAUAUUCUGCAAAAGGUACAGGGAUUGGACUGCUGAGGACUGAGGUAAAGUCAUUUUCUCUGAUGAAUCCCCUUUCCGAUUGUUUGGGGUAUCCGGAAAACACCUUGUCCGGAGAAGACAAGGUGAGCACUACCAUCAGUCCUGUGUCAUGCCAACAGUAAAGCAUCCUGAGACCAUUAAUGUGUGGGGUUGCUUCUCAGCCAAGGGAGUGGGCUCACUCACAAUUUUGCCUAAGAACACAGCCAUGAAUAAAGAAUGGUACCAACACAUCCUCCGAGAGCAACUUCUCCCAACCAUCCAAGAACAGUUUGGUGACGACCAAUGCUUUUUCCAGCAUGAUGGAGCACUUUGCCAUAAGGCAAAAGUGAUAACUAAGUUGCCCGGGGAACAAAACAUCGACAUUUUGGGUCCAUGGCCAGGAAACUCCCCAGACCUUAAUCCCAUUGAGAACUUGUGGUCAAUCCUCAAGAGGCAGGUGGACAAACAAAAACCCACAAAUUCUGACAAACUCCAAGCAUUGAUUAUGCAAGAAUGGGCUGCCAUCAGUCAGGAUGUGGCCCAGAAGUUAAUUGACAGCAUGCCAGGGCGGAUUGCAGAGUAACGUAAUGUAAUUGUCAAUAAAAGCCUUUGACACUUAUGGAAUGCUUGUAAUUAUACUUCAGUACCAUAGUAACAUCUGACAAAAAUAUCUCAUAACACUGAAGCAGCGAACUUUGUGAAGACCAAUACUUGUCAUUCUCAAAACUUUUGACCACGACUGUAUUAGACUAAGCAUAGGUGAUUUGAUGAUGUUGAAAUGUUAAAGCUGGAACAGUGGAGGCAGCUCCUGUUUUCUUGCGACUUGCGGUAACUCUCCGUGGUUCUAAAUCAAUAGUUGUUUAGUGGUCUGAAAAUGUCGGAAACAUUAACUUGCUUGACAAUGCUGUAGGUCAUGUAACUGUUUGUUAUAUGCAAUAUGCUUUGUGGACUUCACCGGACAGAUGUUGCUCUCCGGUUUUGUGAUGAAACACAGGUGUGUUUUAAUUUCUUCUGCCACUGUGUCUUCUUAUUGUCUCGGCCUUAAGCCUAUAUAUCACGGUGGCAAGGCAUAUGAACUAACAGGUUAUAGCGCAAACAACACAAUUAUCACACAGGUUGUAAUAUGGCUAUUUUUUCCUGGCUUGGCUUCCCCAGUGAUUUUACCCACGCACCGCUCUGGGGUAAAGUGAGAUACCUGACGGGUUGGACGAUACUGUUCUCGUCAAUUAUUUAUAAAAAAUGUAUACUUAAACUGGAAAUCAACCAAUCCUCCAUCGUUAAGGUAAUGGAAAAAUCAUAUGUUUCAUUAUGUAAAUAUUGAAAGAACGUGGGCGAUGGAGAGGAACAAAGUGAUGCAAUUUGAGGACGUAGCGGAGAGUAGUGCAGUCACUGGAGAUGCAGUGGAUAUAAAAAGUCUACACACCCCUGUUAAAAUGUCAGGUUUUUGUGAUGUAAAAGAAUGAGACAAAUAUAAAUCAUGUCAGAACUUUUCCCACCUUUUUAAUGUGACCUAUAACGUGAACAAUUCAAUUGAAAAACAAACUGAAAUCUUUGAGGGGGAAAAAUAAAAAAACUCACAAUAACCUGGUUGCAUAAGUGUGCACACCCUUAAACUAAUACUUUGUUGAAGCACCUUUUGAUUUUAUUACAGCACUCAGUCUUUUUGGGUAGGAGUCUAUUAGCAUGGCACAUCUUGACGUGGCAAUAUUUGCCCACUCUUCUUUGCAAAAGCGCUCCAAAUCUGUCAGAUUGCGAGGACAUCUCCUGUGCACAGCCCUCUUUUGAUCACCCCAGAGAUGUUAAAUUGGAUUCAGGUCUGGGCUCUGGCUGGGCCAUUCCAAAACGUUAAUCUUCUUCUGGUGAAGCUUUUGUGGAUUUGGAUGUGUGCUUUGGGUCGUUGUCGUGCUGAAAGGUGAACUUCCUCUUCGUCUUCAGCUUUCUAAUGGACACCUGAAGGUUUUGUGCCAAAAUGGCCUGGUAUAUGGAACGGUUCAGAAUUCCCUCCACCCUGACUAAGGGCCCGGUUCCAGCUGAAGAAAAACAGCCCCAAAGCAUGAUGCUGCCACCACCAUGCUUCACUGUGGGUAUGGUGUUCUUUGGGUGAUGUGCAGUGUUGUUUUUGCGCCAAACAUACCUUUUGGAAUUAAGGCCAAAAAGUUUAACCUUGGUUUCAUCAGACCAUAACACAUUUUCCCACGUGAUUUUGGGGGACUUGAUGAUUUGUUUUUGCAAACUUCAGCCAGGCUUGGAUGUUUUUCUUUGUAAGAAAAGGCUUCCGUCUUGCCAUCGUACCCCAUAGCCCAUUUAUAUGAAGAAUACGGGAGAUUGUUGUCACAUGUAGCACACAGCCAGUACUUGCGAGAAAUUCCUGCAGUUCCUUUAAUGUUGCUGUAGGCCUCUUGGAAGCCUCCCUGACCAGUUUUCUUCUCGUCUUUUCAUAAAUUUUGGAAGGACGUCCAGUUCUUGGUAAUGUCUCUGUUGUGCCAUAUUUUCUCCACUUGAUGAUGACUGUCUUCACUGUGUGCCAUGGUAUAUGUAAUGCUUUGGAAAUUAUUUUGUACCCUUCUCCUGACUGAUAUCUUUCAAAAAUGAGAUCCCUCUGAUGCUUUGGAAGCUCUCUGCGGACCAUGGCUUUUGCUCUAAGAAAAUGUCAGGAAAAUCCUACUAGAACAGUUGAACUUUAUUUGUGAUUAACCAGUCACUUUAAAUGAUGGCAGGUGUGUAAUGACUUCUAUUUAACAUGAGUUUGAAUGUGAUUGGUUAAUUCUGAACACAGCCACAUCCCCAGUUAUAAGAGGGUGUGCACACUUAUGCAACAGAUAUCCUUGCCAGUUUGUUUUUCAAUUGAAUUGUUCACAUUAUAGGUCACAUUAACAGUGGAAAAAGUUCUGACGUGAUCUAUCUUUGUCUCAUUAUUUGACAUCACAAAAACCUGGCAUUUAAACAGGGGUGUGUAUACAUUUUAUAUCCACUGUAGGUGUGAGAACAGGUCUCUGGGCAGGUAUGAUGUCAUUGAUGUUUGUGCGUCUGUAUGUUGUCCUUUGUAUGUGUAUGUUUGUAUUGCGUAAUGAAAAUCAGGAAAAACCAGUACAAAUGCCUCAGUUUUUCUUGGCAUUGUUCAUACCUAGAAUGACAGCAUUGUUUGAGAACCGUUUCCCAGCAUGGAAAAAAAGCUGCUGUUCUGUUAUUAUGAUUGCUUUAUUAAAACAAAUAAUGUACUUACAUUUGUUCCUGGAGUGUGUCCCGUCGUAAUCAUUUCAUCGGAUAAUCUACUUUUUGUGGACAGCAACCUUAUAAAAAAUAUUGUUUAAGCCUUUUGACAUAAAUAUCUUAUAGCAAAUUUGGGGGGUACCGCUGACCGGGACUUGAACCCGUGUCCAGCGACUGUCAACCCAACACCUUAGCUGGCACGCCAAGAGAUCCGAACCGCUUGGCGAGGUCACUAGGUGUUUGGUUAAGGACGCUACACUACCCCUUCCUUCGUGAAUGCGUGUCCCCACACCUCUCUAUACCAAGUCCCUGAGGUGCACAUGGCCCUCUGUUGGCCUCACGGGUGCCAUCCCACUUCUGACACCAAUGUAGGAAAUUCUGGGUUAGCCCCGACCAGGACACAAACCCGCAGAAAUAAUGCGGUGCGACUCGAGUUUCGCAAUCAGCUGGAAGACGUUGUCCCCUUUUUGUUCAGUCUCAGUGGAGGGAGGGUGCUGCAUUCUACAUCCUCCUCUGAGACUGACCAUUUAGAUUCAGGCACCGUCAGUCCAGUAAAAAUAAAAAGCUAAUUAUUUCAAAUUGUUGAUUUAUGCUCACUCAACUGUGCCUCACAAGUAAUACAACAACUGAUCUAUUACUGGUGUGAUCAUACCUCAAGUUUUGAAAUAUUAUUUUGAAAUGGUCUGAGAAGAACAACAUUGGCAGGGCAAUUCAAGCAUAUCCAAUAUGCAGUAAUAAUGUAUUGGGCUUAUAACCUACUGCACAAACCUCAUUGCUCCAGAACUGUUUUUAAAAGGUUGAUGAUUCAUAGGCUUACGUUUUUUAAGACAUGUUUAAAAUUUAAAAAAUCUGAGUGGUAGAUCUCGGCUUGUAUUUUGACUCAGAAAGCGAUAUUGACCACUGCCUUAGCCGUCACGCCAAAAUAUCUAAACCUCUUGACGAGGUCGCUAAGUGUUGGGUGAUGGUCGCUGCAAUAUUUUGACAAUGCAUAGAGACGUCACUCUGAAUUGAUCUUAAGCCCAUACAGUGGUAUUUUCCGUGUGCCUUGAUUGGUUUCCUUGUCCCUCUGCCAGGCCAGCGAGGGGCUGGAUUUUGCUGACACGUACGGCCGAGGGGUCAUCAUCACUGGCCUCCCGUUCCCGCCCCGCAUGGACCCCCGGGUCAUUCUGAAGAUGCAGUACCUGGACGAGAUGUGCAGGAAGAAGACCUCCGGGGUGCAGGUAAGGAGGAAGCCCCUUCGCUGGUCCUCUGACUGACGGUCUAUUACAGGAUUUAUUAGGGCUUCACUGAUGGGUGACCUUACGGAAGUGAGGUUCAUGUAAAUUGUCAAUUCACUUUUUUUUUUUUUUACUAAAAACAAAACAUACUUUAAAACAAAUUUUUUUGCGAAGAUCUUCAUGCACUAACAAGUUGGACUACUUGUUAAUAUGUGUGUUUCUCUGCUUGCCUUUCCGUGUGUGUGUCUGUCUGUGUAGUACCUGUCAGGGCAGAACUGGUAUAGACAGCAGGCGUCCAGGGCGGUGAACCAAGCUAUCGGCAGAGUCAUUCGCCACCGUGAUGACUACGGGGCUAUCUUCUUGUGCGACCACAGGUCAGUAUUGUAUGCUGGUUAUUUCAGGUUAUCAGUGGUGUAUGCUGGUCAUUUCAGGUUAUCAGUGGUGUAUGCUGGUCAUUUCAGGUUAUCAUCAGUGGUGAAUGCCCAUCAUCUUAUGGUUCCAGUCAUAGGCCCCUAAAUGGCAGGUAAUACAAGAAGGAAAACAAGUAGGCAGCCAGUACGAUGCAGAAAACUUUAGUGAACUGUUUACAGUUAAUAUAUACAACAAAUACUUAUAAGUAGGAGCAGACCAGCAUAUAGUCUUCUUCAGGCAGUGUUGGGGAUGGAACAUGACGUGUCUUUAGAAAUAGAGGUAGACAUUGAAAACAUGACAUGACAGGGACAAACUAUAUUGUUCUAUAGGAUUCUAGUCAUCAUCCUUUGCCUGAUAACUCAAAUGUGCAAGUCAUCACUUGUCAUCACCUGCUAUUAUGUGGAAAAAGGUAACAUCAGCUAUCCCACAAUGUGUAUGUAUGGGUAGGUAGUUAUUGUUUCAAUAGAGUCACUCAUGCCCUUCUCUAUUCAAUAUUGAUACGAAAUUGAACUUCUGUUUACAUUGUCAAGCUGUUCUGUUGUAAGGGUGGAUUAUUCGAUCUAGUGUCACGUGUCUCUGUCAAUACGGUCAGACAGAUUGUUACACAAUUUGAGUUUUGGUAACACUUUCUAAAAACAGUCAGUAAUAAACCAUGUAUAAGGCAUUUACAGUUUGCUCACCAUUUCUCCCACAUUUGUAAAUGUUAGUAAGCUAGUUAUUCACACAUUAUAAACAACUUUUUUAAUUAUUUAUGAAUGAUUCAUGAGAUCAUUAAAAAUAUGUUUAAUAUGUCCUUUUAAACCAUUUACUAAUCAUUAGUUCAGUGUUUUUGAGGUCCCUAAUAUAAGGUCAGGGCUAUCUAGGCUAUACUUUAUAAAUACUUUAUAAAUGUUUUGAGUGACCAGUAAUUUCUCACAAAAAGAUGGACAUUGGUAGACAUUCCAGCAGUACUUGAUGCUCUUUAAGGUGUCAAAAUGGCCUAAAUCAUAUCAAUGGUAAAAUAAUAAGCAGUAGCUUACCAUCAUUUUCAAAUGUGGGAGUAAUGAGUAAUAAAUGGUGAACAAACUGUUUGUAAAUGCCUUAUAAAUGAUUUAUUACUGAACGUUAUUAUAGUGUUACCAGAGUUUUUCCUAUCAUGCAACUCUAUAGUGUCCGUUGGCUAUUUCCUCCAGGUUCAAAAGCACAGACGCACGUGCCCAGCUACCCUCGUGGGUGAGGCCCUACGUGCGCACUUACGACAACUUUGGGAAUGUGGUCCGUGACGUGGCCCAGUUCUUCAGAGUUGCACAGAAACUUGUAAGUGGGUCAAGCAGAAGAGUACAUCUUGAGUGACUUUGACUGCUUGAUAGUGAACCAUUAAAUUAUACAUUUGGAAUGUACUGUAAUAAUAACCCUUAAAGGAAAGGUACACCCAUUUUGAAUGUUACAUUGUUUUUGUGCAUCUCUGAGUGAUGUUUUAUUGAUUCGCUAGGUCAUUUCAUGUUUUCAUGUGUAUCUGAGUUAUUGGCGUUCAAGCAGCAGCACUGUGAUAAAGUCGUUCUCAGUACACUGGAAGUUAAUAGGAAAUACGACUUUUAGAUCGCGAAAACGUCUAUCAGACGUCAGAUUUCAUAACUGGCCGAUGUCAUAACUUGGGAGGAUGUCGUUUCUCGAAUGAGCUAUUGAUCAUAUUUUUGCGAUAUUCCUACCUCGAAAUGUGUAAUUUAACGGAGGAUCUAGCACAUUUUUCCUAUUUGUCUGCCUCUAGUCCAGGGUGCAUUGCAUGGUGCCGUUGCCAGAUAUAUUAUAGAAAGGAGAUAGGAAUCCAAUGAAUGAAGGCAAGUGCAUUCGGAAAGUAUUCAGACCCCUUGACUUUUUCCACAUUCUGUUACAUUACAGCCUUAUUCUAAAAUGGGUUUUUUUUUAAAUUACAAAAUCAAUCUACACACAAUACCUCAUAAUUACAGAGCAAAAACUGGUUUUUAGACAUUUUUGCAAAUGUAUUAAAAAUAAAAACCUGAAAUAACAUUUACAUAAGUAUUCAGACCCUUUACUCAGUACCUUUGGCAGAUAUUAUUGUCUUGAGUCUUCUUGGGUAUGACGCUACAAGCUUGGCACACCUGUAUUUGGGGAGUUUCUCCCAUUCUUCUCUGCAGAUCCUCUCAAGCUCUUUCAGGUUGGAUGGGGAGUGUCACUGCACAGCUAUUGUCACGUCUCUCCAGAGAUGUUUGAUCGGGUUCAAGUCCAGGCUCUGGCUGGGCCACUCAAGGACAUUCAGAGACUUGUCCCAAAGCCACUCCUGCGUUGUCUUGGCUGUGUGCUUAGGGUCAUUGUCCUGUUGGAAGGUGAACCUUCGCCCCAGUCUGAGGUCCUGAGUGCUCUGAAGCAGAUUUUCAUCAAGGAUCUCUCUGUAAUUUGCUCCGUUCAUCUUUCCCUCGAUCCUGACUAGUCUCCCAGUCCCUGCCACUGAAAAACAUCCCCACAACAUGAUGCUGCCGCCACCAUGCUUCACCGUAGGCAUGGUGCCAGGUUUCCUCCAGACAUGAUGCUUGGCAUUCAGGCCAAAGAGUUCAAUCUUGGUUUCAUCAGACCAGAGAAUAUUGUUUUCCAUGGUCUUAGAGUCAUUUCGGUGCCUUUUGGCAAACUCUAAGCGGGCUGUCAUGAGCCUUUUACUGAGGAGUGGCUCCCGUCUGGCCACUCUACCAUAAAAGGCCUGAUUGGUGGAGUGCUGCAGAGAUGGUUGUCCUUCUGGAAGGUUCUCCCAUCUCCACAGAGGAACUCUGGAGCUCUGUCAGAGUGACCAUCGGGUUCUUGGUCACCUCCCUGACCAAGGCCCUUUCCCCCGAUUGCUCAGGAGUGCCAGACGGCCAGCUCUAGGAAGAGUCUAGGUGUUUCCAAACUUAUUCCAUUUAAGAAUGAUGGAGGCCACUGUGUUCUUGGGACCUUCAAUGCUGCAGACAUUUUGGGGUAUCCUUCCCCAGAUCUGUGCCUUGACACAAUCCUGUCUCGGAGCUCUACGGACAAUUCCUUCGACCUCAUGGCUUGGUUUUUACUCUAACAUGUACUGUCAACUGUGUAUAGACAGGUGUGUUCCUUUCCAAAUCAUGUCCAAUCAAUUGAAUUUACCACAGGUGGACUCCAAUCAAGUUGUACAAACAUCUCAAGGAUCAUCAAUGGAAACAGGAUGCACCUGAGCUCAAUUUCGAGUCUCAUAGCAAAGGGUCUCAAUACUUAUGUAAAUAAGGUAUUUCUAAUUUCUAAAAACCUGUUUUCACUUCGUCAUUACGGGGUAUUGUGUGUAGAUUGAGGGAAACAAGUAAUUUAAUCAAUUUCAGAAUAAGGCUAUUACGUAACAAAAUGUUGAAAAAGUCAAGGGGUCUGAAUACUUUCCAAAUGCACUGUAUAUUAUUAUUUUAGAAGAAAUAGGGAAUUAUUUAAGAAAUGUGCAAGGCUGCCAAUACAUUUGGCCAGAACUGUACAUCUUUCCUCAGAACUGUAGCCUACAACUCUCCUCAGAACUGUAAUGUACAUUUUUCGUCGGAACUGUAGCCUACAGCUUUCCUCAGAACAGUCGAUCUCUCUCGAUUACACUGCGGAUAUUGUCAAUGGGUGAUUUAGAGAUGCACAACUGGGGAUGAAUCUGUUAAAUGCCUCCAUUUUGUUUUGUAGUUUCACUGCAGACGUGAGAUAUAAUUUUUGUCGAAUUCUGAUCUCAAUCUUGACCUCUGAACUCUCUGACCUCUGACUGUUCUAAUGUCCCAGAGGCCUCCUCCAGAGAAGAAGCCUGCAAAGGGGAGCUGUGGUGGGGCGGUACACUCGGCAGAUGCCCAGUGUGCCAGCGCCAGACCCUGCCACUCCCAGGGCUCCACCCAGAGAGGUUUCGCCCUGAAGGCAAAAAUACUGGACUCCCACGUGCCCAGUCUGAAAAGGCGACGGCUGAGUGAGUAUCUACACCGCACAUGCAGUGGCACCAAUGCAUGGUUUGAGUGAAAGUUUUAGUUACAUAACAAUAUUUCUCCUUUUGCUUCUCAUCAGUUCCCUAUGUCAUGUGCAGACCUGGGUCAAAUACCUGUUAAAUACUAUUUGAGAUGUGCUUGACUUAAUUUGAAGUUUGCACUUUUGGGACUAUUCUAUUGGUUCCAUUGUACUGGGUGGGCAAACUAAAUCAAGCACAGCUGUAAUAUAUGAAAGUCAUUUUUUGUUUAACCAGGUAGUCUCAUUGAGAUUAUACAAAAUCUAUUUUUCAGGAGAGACCUGAGCCAUUUGCCACAGGUCUGGUCAUGUUUGUGUGUCUGGAAGUGACUCGUCUUAUCACCUGUCUUGUCAUCUGUCUCAUCACCUCUUUUCACUUGUCUCAUCAACUGUCUCCGUCUGUUUCUGGUCUCAGAUGAGCAUGUAGGCAGUGAGGGGAAUGGCAUGGCCAGGCUGUGCAUCGAGUACGAAACGGAGAUGGAGUCGAGCCGAAGGAGGCCGGCCGGCCUGCUGGACGCCCUGGAGCACAGCGACAGCCGCUAUGGAGAUGAAGACGAGGUCCUAGCGGGCGAGGAGAGGGUACACUUGGCUUUACUACAGAAACCUGUGUCUGAACAGAUGAGUUGGAGAAAGGUGUUCCCUUAUUCCCGUAAAAAUAAUAUCACGGAAAGUUCUACUGAACACAUCUGGUCUGGUUAAACAGAUGCAGUAGGAGAAAUGCAUUUUACACUGCUUUGAUGCAACUGCCAAUAUCGUUUUACCUCUGUCGCUAGACAAAGUUCGAUACACGUCAACAUAAACUUACCGGGAAGUCACUACAGUGAAUGAUGACAGUUUCACCAAUGAUUGUCUACACUAUUGACUGCUGUUGGCUAACUUACGGCCAAAUAAUUAAUGUAAUUGACAAUAGAGGCGAUUUCCCAGACACAGAUCAUUUAGGGAAACCGUCCCUAAGUGAUGAAAUAAGGAGUCUGAUUGGGAAAGGCUAGGAAUCCACAGCAUUGAGCAAAAACAUGUUUCAGCUGAUUAAAUAUGAGCAAGCAUAUUAGCUAGAGCUUAAAUUACCAUAGAAAUGUUCUCAAUCUAUUUCUAUUACUCCUCUCAUCCAGUUGUCUACAAAAUACUUCUACUAUCUUUCAUUGAUUUUAUUAGUUGUUUUAAAUUAACAUUAUUAAAUCAAACAGAUUAAAUCAAAUAUCAUUCCAUACUUGUAAUCAAUGAAAAUGUAACAUAAUGCUAUUGUUUCCCUUAUUGCUAGCUAGUAUGUGGCGCUUGCUAGGCACUACGUACAGUUUCCAGUAAUCCACUCACUAAGAUUUUUUAAUGACAUAGUCAUUUUGUAUCAGCACAACCAAAAUGUGACACAUUUAAAACUACAGAUUCACCACACCAGUGGUUGAGCACAUUUUAUAAUGUCCAAUUGUUUACUCAGACUUCCCUCUUUCUCUCUGCCAUUUUUUCUAAAUGCCAUGUCCCACUUAACGCUGAGCAAACGAACAAGGGAUGUGUGUUUAUGGUCCGAACAAAAUGCUCUCUUUUUCCAGUUCCCAAAAGCCAUGUGGAGGCGGUGGUUGUCUCAACACACAUUUAGUCAGUCAGGAAAUAAAUACUAGAUACCUGCAAGCUUAGGCUAGUUAUUGGAUGUGAUAACACUAUGUUUGAAGUUAGUCAGUCAAGUAAUAUAGGCUCUGUUCCUUCCAAUAUCAUAGCAUAUAUCCUGGCUGCUCUUUCACUCAAUAGUUUCCUGAAAUAUUGUAAAAUGUCCUUGGUCACGAUUGAGCAAUCAAUAGACCAUAAUGAGAAUAAUAUAAUCCGCUCAUGUAAGGUGCUGUUUUUACUGUCCAGGGAUGCUAUGAGCUAAGGUUGUGUAAGGUAAAGGCUGUUUACAGCAGAUUUAGGAGGACCAUAGGUGAUCAUAGCAAAAGUGUAUGUUUUUUUGUAUAAAUGUAGUACUGAAUAAAACUGCUGAUGAUGUUAACAACAUUGUCUGAUAAUGGUUCCAUUCCCUUUAGGCUAAUCGCUUAUCCACGCUGUCUCUUCAAUACGACAAGCGCGUGGAUGACGAAUUGCGUGGUGGAAAACGAAAAAUCAAAGUGGUCCAAGAACGGGUAUGUGAAAUACUGUAUGUCUAAACACAACUGCUGUUAAAAGCCCUAUAGCGCACUAAGUUUGAGGCCUGUGCGCAACUCAUCCUCACGCUUCCCCCAACACUUGCAGGUUGGUCACAGAGGAAUGAUGGCACAAACAAUUGUUCCAGAAAUACCUUAUAAGGCUAACGCUAAGACUAGCCCCCAGCUCCAUACCACAGUCACAAGAGCCUCUCACUCCAUUAUGUGUCAUCCGCAUUGUUGAUCCGUAACAUCAUUGGCACAAGGAAGUUUGUGGAACAAAAUAAACUCAGCAAAAAAAGAAACAUCCUCUCACUGUCAACUGUGUUUAUUUUCAGCAAAGUUAACGUGUAAAUAUUUGUAUGAACAUAACAAGAUUCAACAACUGAGACAAAAACUGAACAAGUUCCACAGACGUGACUAACAGAAAUUGAAUAAUGUGUCCCUGAACAAAGGGGGGGGGGUCAAAAUCAAAAGUAACAGUCAGUAUCUGGUGUGGCCACCAGCUGCAUUAAGUACUGCAGUGCAUGCAUCUCCUCCUCAUGGACUGCGCCAGAUUUGCCAGUUCUUGCUGUGAGAUGUUACCCCACUCUUCCACCAAGGCACCUGCAAGUUCCUGGACAUUUCUGGGGGGAAUGGCCCUAGCCCUCACCCUCCGAUCCAACAGGUCCCAGACGUGCUCAAUGGGAUUGAGAUACGGGCUCUUCGCUGGCCAUGGCAGAACACUGACAUUCCUGUCUUGCAGGAAAUCACGCACAGAACGAGCAGUAUGGCUGGUGGCUUUGUCAUGCUGGAGGGUCAUGUCAGGGUGAGUCUGCAGGAAGGGUACCACAUGAGGGAGGAGGAUGUCUUCCCUGUUACACACAGUGUUGAGAUUGCCUGCAAUGACAACAAGCUCAGUCCGAUGAUGCUGUGACACACCGCCCCAGACUAUGAUGGACCCUCCACCUCCAAAUCGAUCCCGCUCCAGUGUACAGGCCUCGGUGUAACGCUCAUUCCUUUGACGAUAAACGCGAAUCCGACCAUCCCCCCUGGUGAGACAAAACCGCGAGUCGUCAGUGAAGAGCACUUUUUGCCAGUCCUGUCUGGUCCAGCGACGGUGGGUUUGUGCCCAGCGACGAGCGAUGGUGGGUUUGUGCCCAUAGGCGACGUUGUUGCCGGUGGUGUCUGGUGAGGACCUGCCUUACAACAGGCCUACAAGCCCUCAGUCCAGCCUCUCUCAGCCUAUUGCGGACAGUCUGAGCACUGAUGGAGGGAUUGUGCGUUCCUGGUGUAACUCGGGCAGUUGUUGUUGCCAUCCUGUACCUGUCCCACAGGUGUGAUGUUCGGAUGUACCGAUCCUGUGCAGGUGUUACACGUGGUCUGCCAAUGCGAGGACGAUCAGCUGUCCGUCCUGUCUCCCUGUAGCGCUGUCUUAGGCGUCUCACAGUACGGACAUUGCAAUUUAUUGCCCUGGCCACAUCUGCAGUCCUCAUGCCUCUUUGCAGCAUGCCUAAGACACGUUUCACGCAGAUGAGCAGAGACCCUGGGCAUCUUUCUUUUGGUGUUUUUCAGAGUCAGUAGAAAGGCCUUUUAGUGUCCUAAGUUUUCUUAACUGUGACCUUAAUUGCCUACCGUCUGUAAGCUGUUAGUGUCUAAACGACCGUUCCACAGGUGCAUGUUCAUUAAUUGUUAUGGUUCAUUGAACAAGCAUGGGAAACAGUGUUAAAACCCUUUACAAUGAAGGUCUGUGAAGUUAUUUUGAUUUUUACGAAUUAUCUUUGAAAGACGGUCCUGAAAAAGGGAUGUUUCUUUUUUUGCUGAGUUUACAUUGAACAGGAGCUCCAUUAUUUAUUCUGGCAUGGAAGUUUCUGUGUGUGAUACUGACUCACAGAAAAUCGUGCUUGACCUAAUGUUGAUACUUGUCUGUUUGGCCAACCGUGAACAUACUCAUGGUUUGUAUUAAUAUUACCUAGGUACAAUGAAAUGGCACUGUUAUGUUGCAGUUGCAGAAAUUAACUUUUGACACAAUAGAAGUUUUGAAAAUUCAUUGAGACUCAUUCAAAUUGAUUUGGUUUGAGCAAAUAUACUACCGUAAAACUUUAAUAGUCUGGGCGUUUUUAUUUGCUUCAAUAACUGAACACAACCGGGCCUUAUUAGCAUCAGGCUUCUAUUUGAGCCAGGCGUCUCUUUCCAACAGUAGUGCGCCAUCUGACUGAAAACACAAUGCGCUCGAGGAAUUUGUCAAGCCAGCCUGCACUAGCAGCGAAUUUUAUCACUGCUAGCUUGAAUUUGAUAUUUUCUUUUUGGUGGCGCAAUGGUUAGCAACAAUGACAGAAUAAACUAAAUAAAUUAUGGACAUGACCAUGGGAAUAUCAGAGCGGUGUCCAUUGUAACCUCAAACAAUUUGUUUAGACCCAGCAGUUAUUUGAAACAGGCAUUUAUUUGCUGAAAUGUGUGCCGAUGCCCAGCUAUUAAAAGAGUGUAAUUUAAGUUUUACGGUAAGUUGUAGGUUUAUUUCAUACUAUGGUGAAUCAAUCCUGUGUUAUAGUAGGGUGGUUCUUGAAUUGGUGGCAUUGAUUUGGGCAUGGCAUUUGGGCAACAAUUUACUUCAUUUUCAAUUUUAUUUAAUUUGGUUAGAUCUUUACUAUUCUACAUCAACUAAUAUGGCAGCUUAAAUACUUUAAAUAAUUUGUACCAUUGUGAUAACAUUGUGCCACCACUAGGAGUAGUAACACCAAUUACACAUUUUAGGUCAUUGAGGAUUUUCUUAAAUGGAGGCCACAGAUGCUAAAAUCUACGGUUAAAAACAUUUACUAAAGUGAUAUGAUUAAUCCUUUUGCUCACAAUGUAAUUAGCCUUCAUUUAAAUUGAGUAACACCAAUGACACUUUGUAUUUAGACACACCAGAUUAUCAAUGCAUUCCUCAUAUUUAUGACAUACUAAAAGGGUAAUAAUUGUCUUUAAUUUAGACCCUUCCCCCUAUAACAGUUUGCUAUUGGAGAGAAUGCUCAAGGUUCCUGUAUGUCUUAGUAAUGACUGAAUUUCAAGGCGGUAACACCAAUGACAUAAAACUAAUUACAUAAAACCAAUUUGUCACGAAAAUGCACUGACAGAGGAAAAAGUUUGUUGACACAGGCUUGAUUGAACUACACUGAACAAAAAUAUAAACGCAACACGUAAAGUGUUGGUCCCAUGUUUCAUGAGCUGAAAUUAAAGAUCCCAUAUGCACAAAAAGCAAAUGUCUGUAGAAUUCUGUGCAAACAUUUGUUGCAUCCCCGUUAGAGCGCAUUUCUUCUUUGCCAAGAAGGUGUGGCAUAUCAAGAAGCUUCUUAAACAGCAUGAUCAUUACACAGGUGCUACUUGUGGUGGGGACAAUAAAAGGCCACUCUAAAAUGUGCAGUUUUGUCACACAACGCAAUGCCACAGAUGUCUCAAAUUUUGAGGGAGCGUGCAAUUGGCAUGCUGACAGCAGGAGUGUCCACCAGAGCUGUUGCCAGAUAAUUUAAUGUUAAUUUCUCUACCAUAAACCGCCUCCAACAAAGUUUUAAAGAAUUUGGCAGUAAGUCCAACCGGUAUUGCUUCGUGUGGGCGAGUGGUUUGCUGAACAGAGUGCCCCAUGGUGGGGUUUUGGUAUGGGCAGGCAUAAGCUAUGGACAACAAACAAUUGUAUUUUAUCGAUGGCUAUUUGAAUGCACAGAGAUACCGUGACGAGAUCCUGAGGCCCAUUGUCGUGCCAUUCAUCGCCGCCAUCACCUCCAUGUUUCAACAUGAUAAUGCACAGCCUCAUGUCACAAGGAUCUGAACACUAUUCCUGGAAGCUGAAAAUGUCCCAUUUUCUUCCAUGGCCUGCAUACUCACCAGACAUGUCACCCAUUGAGCAUGUUUGCGAUGCUCUGGAUCGACGUGUAUGACAGCAUGUUCCAGUUCCCACCAAUAUCAAGCAACUUCGCACAGCCAUUGAAGAGGAGUGGGACAACAUUCCACAGGCCACAAUCAACAGCCUGAUCAACUCUAUGCAAAGGAGAUGAGUCAUGCUGCAUGAGGCAAAUGGUGGUCACACCAGAUACGGACUGGUUUUCUGAUCCAUGCCCCUAGUUUUUUUUAAAGGUAUCUGUGACCAACAGAUGCAUAUCUGUAUUCCCAAUCAUGUUAAAUCCAUAGAUUUAGGGCCUAAUGAAUUUAUUUCAAUGGGUGGAUUUCCUUAUGUGAACUGUAACUCAGUCAAAUCUUUGAAAUUGUUGCAUGUUGCAUUUAUAUUUUUGUUCAGUAUAUUUUAUGCAGUAAAAGUACGGUGAUUGGUUAAAAUUGUGUGACUUCGCAUAAUAUGCUGGGAAUUGUUGAUUUGCAAAAAGUGUUAGAAUCGCGAAAUCCUGGAGGGACUGCAAAGUAUGGAGUAGAUUUGGCGCUCUUUUGUCCCCUCGUUUUGAAUAUUUUCCACAAUAGACUCCCCAGUGAUUACCUCGCACAAUUCCAAGCAAUCUCCCUUCCACUUCGUUCACGCCCUCUCAAACAACUCUCACUCAAAUGUCAUGUGCAUGUUAUGGAGUGGAACUGUAAGCGUGGAGGCCUGAUUUGGUGGAGUGCUGCAGAGACAGUUGUCCUUCUGGAAGGUUCUCCCAUCUCCACAGAGGAACUCUGGAGCUCUGUCAGUGACCAUCGGGUUCUUGGUCACCUCCCUGACCAAGGCCCUUCUCCCCCGAUUGCUCAGUUUGGCCGGGCGGCCAGCUCUAGGAAGAGUCAUGGUGGUUCCAAACUUCUUCCAUUUAAGAAUGAUGGAGGCCACUGCGUUCUUGGGGACCUUCAAUGCUGCAGAAAUUUUUUGGUACCGUUCCCCAGAUCUGUGCCUCGACACAAUCCUGUCUCGGAGCUCUACGGACAUUUUCUUCGACCUCAUGACUUGAUUAUUUCUCUGACAUGCACUGUCAGACCUUAUAUACUGUGGGACCUUAUAUAGACAGGUGUGUGCCUUUCCAAAUCAUGUCCAAUCAAUUCAAUUUACCACAGGUGGACUCCAAUCAAGUUGUACAAACUUCUCAAGGAUGAUCAAUGGAAACAGGAUGCACCUGAGCUCAAUUUCAAGUCUCAUAGCAAAGGGUCUUAAUACUUAUGUAAAUAAGGUAUUUCUGUUUUUUAUUUUUAAUACAUUUGUAAAGAAUUUGUAAAAACCUGUUUUUGCUUUGUCGUUAUGGGGUAUUGUGUGUAGAUUGCUGAGGAUUUUUUUUCCAAAUAUUUACAGUGAAAUACCCUUGCAUCUGUCAUGGCUAGACACACUAGGAUGUAUGACACACUAACACACCAUUUCUCCCUUUCCACCUUUCAAAGAAAAUCCCCCUGGCUCCUGAUGUGUCAGAAGAGGGCAAAGCGGGAAAAGCCAAGUCGUUCCUGGCAGAAAUGAAAAGGUCGCUGAGUCAGGUUAAUUUCCAGCGAAUCAUGGCGGCCCUGCAGACGUACAAACGGACGGAUGACCUUGAUGAACUGCUUGCCGAGGCAGCAGACCUCUUCACUGGGGACGCCAACACCCACAACCUGCUCCGAGGUGUGUGUAUGUGUGCUUGUGGGUUCAGCUUGUAUAGUAAUGGGUCUCGGCCUUGUGUGUUCAAUGCUGGGCUCACCUGAGUCAUCAGGUCACUCUCACUCAGCUAGAGAAAAUGGAACCUGCUCAAUGGUACAUUCUAAUGUUAAACAUUUGCUGCAUGUGCCUGAAGUGUGUGUGUGUUUGUGCGUGUACAGCCUGUCCAGGAGUGGGGGAGGGCAUGAAUUAAUCGUAGGGAAAAACUAAAUAGCAGUCAUCCCAGUCACUUCCCUUGAAGUCGCACCCCUCUUGUAUACAUUGACCCCGCAUGAUAACGAUGGCUGUCAUUUAGGCUUGUCCAAUCUAGAGUUCUCAUCGGACCUGAAAAUUCGAGCCCGGUCUUGCCCAAGCCAGCUCGGUCCGACAUCACAGAAAUGUAAUGAGUACAACAACCCCCCCCCCCCCCAAAAAAAGAAAAGUUUUCUAGAAAACAGUAUAUUGAUUUAAACUGGUGUUGAGAACAAUGUGGCGGAAUUGGGAGGGAGCGAAGUGAGAAGAUGAGGAAACAGCCCUUGUCAUAGAAAAGCAAAGAGAGCUGAAAACUCAGAGAAUAUUGGGAUAAAGUUGGCUAAUGCAAUUGAAGUGUGUUAUUUUGCUCUUGACUCGCGUAUAGGCUAUAAUAGCCUUAUAUAAUCUAUCCACUAUCGAGCUGUUAGUGCGUCUUGUUUUAUGUCUUAAGUAAUUUAGCCUACUUCAAUAUACAGUCUCUCAAUCAAUCAUUCAUGAAUUUCAUUACACAGCAUACAAGUCAUUUAUGCCUUUAAAGCUGAAAUUCUUAAUGGUGAAACUGCCACGUCCGUUUCCAAUAUUACAACAACAUAGAAGUUACUGCAAACAACAGACAGUCUUUUUCCCUUGGACAUCAUUGCACACGCAAUUUGGAAUAUGGACUGCAAUUUCACCUCUACUCUGUCAACAACAACAAAAACAAUAACGGCCAUGACGCUGUUUGCCCCUAUUGCGGAUUUCAUCUUUAAAUACAACAAGCAUUUUAUUUUGAAAAUUUAAUAAUAAAGGGAGCCUUGAUUAAACAAUAAGUACAUAACUAUUUUCUGCCAAACAACCAUUUGAAUAUUCCCUCAAAAGCCCUGUGUUUUGAAUGCAUGGUUUAUUCCGAAAUAACUGCAUCAAGCCUAUGCCUGAUUAGGAAAACAUUUUGAUCAAUUAUGGCUCUACUUUAGAUAGUUUGCAAGGUCCAGCAAGGCACAUUAGCAGGGCAGUCAUAGGGAGUAUUUUGUUAGGAUGUGUCAGCGUUAACAGAUGCCAUUGGAAUUAUGUGUGUCUCCUGAUUCUGAGACGCACUGCCUGUUGUGGUCUUGUGGAUCAUUUUCCUGAGUGCAGCCUCUUUGAAUCGCAAUUCGAAACUUUUCAAUCGUCAGAAAAAUACAUUUCAUCAUGGCCACAAAUUUCUCUGGCCCAGCCAAUAUUGGAAUCCUGGCGCCGCUAGUGGCUGCUGCUGAGAGACCGCAGUAGGUGCGAAGACACGUAUACUUUUUUUCCCCUUCUCAAACACAGCGUGGCAAGGCCGAAACCGCCUGGCCCGAAUCAAUUCUACGAAUUUAAGGUCGGCCUGGUAUAAGACCAUCGGGUUCGGGCUGAGAAUGAAAACAGUAGCCCAACCAUGAGCCAGUCCUGUGUGAAGGUCAAAAUAUUGUAUUAAUGACAUUCCCUGGAUCUGUAUUGUCUACUGUUUUUGGUCAUCAUUGUCAGUUUUAAAUGACAACUUCAAGAGAAUUACAUUAAUCAGCAUUACGACUGCAACAGGAAUUUGAAAUCUUUGUCUCAAGAGAAUCCGUUAGAAACCGGGCGUUUUAAAGCAGUCAUCAUAGCCAGUCAUGGCCAGCACACCAUUAAAUGUACAGUGGGGGAAAAAAGUAUUUAGUCAGCCACCAAUUGUGCAAGUUCUCCCACUUAAAAAGAUGAGAGAGGCCUGUAAUUUAUCAUAAGUACACGUCAACUAUGACAGACAAAUUGAGAAAAAAAAAUCCUGAAAAUCACAUUGUAGGAUUUUUAAUUAAUUUAUUUGCAAAUUAUGGUGGAAAAUAAGUAUUUGGUCACCUACAAACAAGCAAGAUUUCUGGCUCUCACAGACCUGUAACUUCUUCUUUAAGAGGCUCCUCUGUCCUCUACUCGUUACCUGUAUUAAUGGCACCUGUUUGAACUUGUUAUCAGUAUAAAAGACACCUGUCCACAACCUCAAACAGUCACACUCCAAACUCCACUAUGGCCAAGACCAAAGAGCUGUCAAAGGACACCAGAAACAAAAUUGUAGACCUGCACCAGGCUGGGAAGACUGAAUCUGCAAUAGGUAAGCAGCUUGGUUUGAAGAAAUCAACUGUGUGAGCAAUUAUUAGGAAAUGGAAGACAUACAAGACCACUGAUAAUCUCCCUCGAUCUGGGGCUCCACGCAAGAUCUCACCCCGUGGGGUCAAAAUGAUCACAAGAACGGUGAGCAAAAAUCCCAGAACCACACGGGGGGACCUAGUGAAUGACCUGCAGAGAGCUGGGACCAAAGUAACAAAGCCUACCAUCAGUAACACACUACGCCGCCAGGGACUCAAAUCCUGCAGUUCCAGACGUGUCCCCCUGCUUAAGCCAGUACAUGUCCAGGCCCGUCUAAUGUUUGCUAGAGUGCAUUUGGAUGAUCCAGAAGAGGAUUGGGAGAAUGUCAUAUGGUCAGAUGAAACCAAAAUAGAACUUUUUGGUAAAAACUCAACUCGUCGUGUUUGGAGGACAAAGAAUGCUGAGUUGCAUCCAAAGAACACCAUACCUACUGUGAAGCAUGGGGGUGGAAACAUCAUGCUUUGGGGCUGUUUUUCUGCAAAGGGACCAGGACGACUGAUCCGUGUAAAGGAAAGAAUGAAUGGGGCCAUGUAUCGUGAGAUUUUGCGUGAAAACCUCCUUCCAUCAGCAAGGGCAUUGAAGAUGAAACGUGGCUGGGUCUUUCAGCAUGACAAUGAUCCCAAACACACCGCCCGGGCAACGAAGGAGUGGCUUCGUAAGAAGCAUUUCAAGGUCGUGGAGUGGCCUAGCCAGUCUCCAGAUCUCAACCCCAUAGAAAAUCUUUGGAGGGAGUUGAAAGUCCGUGUUGCCCAGCGACAGCCCCAAAACAUCACUGCUCUAGAGGAGAUCUGUAUGGAGGAAUGCGCCAAAAUACCAGCAACAGUGUGUGAAAACCUUAUGAAGACUUACAGAAAACGUUUGACCUGUGUCAUUGCCAACAAAGGGUAUAUAACAAAGUAUUGAGAAACUUUUGUUAUUGACCAAAUACUUAUUUUCCACCAUUUGCAAAUAAAUUCAUUAAAAAUCCUACAAUGUGAUUUUCUGGAGAAAAAAAAUCUCAUUUUGUCUGUCAUAGUUGACGUGUACCAAUGAUGAAAAUUACAGGCCUCAUCUUUUUAAGUGGGAGAACUUGCACAAUUGGUGUCUGACUAAAUACAUUUUUUCCCCACUGUAGCUAGGUGGUUUCAAAGAUCAUUCCACGUAGCAUGAGUAAUGCAGUUUAUGAUAUUUUGUCAUUUAUUCAGGAAAAAGGAAGUUAGUUACACAAGUUCUCUUUUGUGGUGAGUCAUGAAUUAAGUCACAUGUACUGAAACAUUACACAAACUUUGGGGUAGUGCAGAUCUUCUCUUCUUAACUGUGUAAACUAUGAACUGUAAAUUGUGUAAACUAUGAACUGGCAAACUGCAGUAUUGUAUUCCUAUUUUUAGGAAAUGUAACAAUUUUCAAGUUAGACAUGCAUUGGGGUUUGACCUCAAACCUUACUGUAUUUCAGGAUUCUACCAGUUCAUACGACCCCACCACAAAAAGAGAUUUGAUGAGAAAUGCAUGGAGCUGACUGGCCAGGGCUGUGGAUACAAACCCGAUCACUCACUAUCCAAGGAGGAGAAAGAAAUGCUGAUGCAAAACGGGGGUAUGCAAUCAAUUCUUAGUUCCUUACACUGACCACUAGGAUGCAUUUAGUAACACUGUAUUUUCAUUUUACAUUUUUACAUUUUAGUCAUUUAGCAGACGCUCUUAUCCAGAGCGACUUACAGUUAGUGAAUACAUAUUUUUUUUAUACUGGCCCCCCGUGGGAAUCGAACCCACAACCCUGGCGUUGCAAACGCCAUGCUCUAUCAACUGAGCUCCAGACAUGUCAAGAAACUGGGUUGAGUGUGACUGUUAAUGUGAUGCAUUAGUAAUUUCACAUUUGAGCAAGGAUAACUUUGGGCACGAAGAUGACAAACACCCACUUUCUUGUCCAGUUCAUGAAUCCUGAAUCAUUACAUUCUGACUAGCCUAAUCAGGGCCGGCCCUAUCCUUUUGGGCAAAACAUUGUAGUGGCCCCCCCUCUUCACGACAGCAAGAAAAUGUACGUUUUAAAGUUAAUUUCCUGCAAUUAUACACAUUUUGCCAUGGGGAGUAGAGAAAAUGUUGCAAUUUUAAAGCAAGCUUUCUGCAAUUCUACACAUUUUGCCAUGGGGUGGGGGAGAAGUUUAGCAAUUCUAUAAAAAUUGUCAUGCAAUUCUACUAAUUUUACCAUGGGGCAGAGAGAGAAAAUGUACAGUUUUAAAGCUAAUUUCCUGCAGUUCUACACAAUUGACCAAGACUUAUGACAUGUUAAUGAUAGGCCUAUUUAAAUGAGUCACUAACAAAAUCAAAAGGGGCCCCCUGGAGGUCAGUAUUCGGCCAUGAUUUAGAUAGCUGGCUAGACUUUACCAAUCUAAAAAUUGUUAGAUGACAUGGCUAAUUGAGUGACUGUCUGUGACUGACAUAACAAGAGAAAAACUGCUGACGCACAACCAAAUUUAGAAAUUGCACCUUGUGUAUUCUACUAUGCUAAACUCUCUCCCGGGGGCCCUAAGCGACCACUUAUGUCACUUAUACCUGGAGCCGGCCCUGAGCCUAAUUGUUCGACUAUUAUGACCAUCGUUGCAGUUAGGCUUCAAAAAUGCAACUGAGUGUUUUUGUAUUUCACCCCCAGAACAACCCAGUAACCUAGAUUUGUGUUUGUUUUAAAGCCAAGUCAGGAAAGCUGACUGGUGUUGCUGUCACUUCUGACUCAAGCUCUUCCUGCAGUCAGCUCAACACCAGUCUGCUGCUUAAUAAAGGAGGCCAUCACCUUGGAAAUCACAGAUUGACUACAGAGGAGCAUUUGCCAAAGAAUCAAGUGCUUACAGGUACUGCUGGAUACCUGGAGUGUAUUCAGUAAGAUGGAACGUUCUCAACGUUGCAGAUAGAAAUGUUAGAAAUAAAGCUGACACAAUUCCCUACGUUUCAUCUGCACAACAGACUGUUCUACAUAAUAUAUUUAUAUCUGAAUGUGCCAUAAAGUUGCGCCUUCCUGAACAGGCCUAGUUGAAGAUUAUAUAUUUAUUGGGGGGGCUGAGUCUUUAAUCCUUGAAUCUUUGGGUUUUAACCAAGGAUUCCCCUCUUACAUUCAGCCACUCACUCAGUUCAUACAGUUACACAGGAAUUGUUUACUAGCUUCAGCAUAGACACCUUUCAGGCACAUCUCCCCACAACGUUGUUCAAACGUUAGCCAUGACAGAUGUGGUGUUAUUUCAGGGUGAAAACUUGGUUGGUGAAAGAUUGGAAGGAUAUCGUUACAACGUUUCGCCAACCAAGUUUACACCGUGAAAUACCACCUCAUCUGUCAUGGCUAUGCAUGAGCAUGACACACUGAUAGAGCAUGAUAGAGAUAUGAGAGGCCACAUUCACGCACAUACAAACGUUGGCAUGCUUUUCUUUACUGGUUUGGCCAAAUCCUGAAAGAAUUGAACGUGUUUGUCUUGUUCUGUGCUCACCAGUUGAUCCUAAAUGCAAAGACCAAGCACCAGUCCAAUCUGCUCAGAAGAGUCAAAUCUACGCCAGCUUCAUCGCAGAUGUGAAAAAAUCCAUUGGACUUGAGAAGUCCAACCAACUGUUCUCAGCUAUUCAGAGCUAUAAGAAGACAGACAACUAUGAAAGCCUGGUGGACACAGUAGUGAGUUUGUUAACUGAGAAAAACGAAGACUUUAACCUCCUUAGCAGUAAGUUCGUACCAAAUGUAUUGUAUUUGAGUUGAGCGUCUUGGCAAGCACGGUUCUUUGUAUUCUCACUUAAAUCUGAAAUUCAAUUAAGUGAAAUUGUGACAUUUGAAGAUCCAUUGAUGAACAUGAACUAUGGUACGGUAUGGAUGCAUAUUAUAUUUGUCAUCCUUUGUGUCCCUAGCAUUUGCCCUGUUCAUCCGGCUUCACCAUAAGAAACAGUACAAAGAGAUGCUGGACGCCUUGAUAGGUGACUCCACAGGCUCAAGUGCUUCCUCUGGGAUUUCAGGCCAACUAACGCAAGGUGAAGGGACAUUUCGCAAGUGCCUUCAAGAGAGAAUAACAAUUCAAUAGAAGUCCUUGUAUUGUCAGCACUAUUGUAACUAUUACAGCGAGCAUAAAGCCUAUAGACGUAAUUAUUGAACCAAGGAAACCUUCUCCCAUUAUUCUGUUUAACAGGCAUUGUUAAUUAACACAAUUUGGGAGUGUUGAAAACAGCUGGUUUGCAAUAAUGACCAUUUUGAUUUAAUAAUGUAGUAAUGGGAUCAAAUGUAAUUUAACAACUUUAGAGUUUAAAAAUAUAUAAGCCUAUAAAAGAUAUGAAUACAUUAACAUAAUUUUACAAUGUGUCAACCAUUUUUCAAUUCACUUUUGGGUCUCUUUCAGUUUCAAUGCCUGGGAAAGCACAAAGCAAGAUCUCGUCUUUCUUUCCCAGCAGCCAAAGGAAAUGAAAGCUGUUGGAAGUGGAGCUUCCCUGAAAAGAAUCUUCCUACUCUGAUGCUGCUCGCUUUGGAGCCUUUUUAUUGUAUGGAAAUGAUGGCAAAAAGUGAGGGUUUUGUGGUGUUACUAUUGUAAAUUAAUAUCAGUUGUAAUAAAUGUAUGCAGAUUAUGGUAAUAUUUUCCCAAUGUAUUUUAACUUUUUUUAUUAAAUGUUUAAUGCGA